CUCCGAGCAAGCCCGACUGAACUCCAUGGACUUCUGCCUCAGCAACCUUUGGUUGAUUAAAGAGGCCACCACCACGCACAGAUUGGCGCCACAAGGUAGCACAAGACGCCUUGGGGUGGGCGGAGGUGUUUUUCUGCAACAGGCUUCCCCUUCCAAGUUCGCCUCCGCUUCCUUUGCUGUAGGGAGAGGCGCGCGGGGGAAGCGCGAGCCCUGGAGCGGCGGCGGCGUCACGUGCGUAAAGGUAGCUCUCAGGUCGCGGCCGCCUCACAAGCCAGCGGGUUAAAUAAAUAGCCGGGCUCAGGGCAGGUGUUUCCUUCUUGGCUUGCGAAAGGGCUGCACGAGGCGGCCUCAGCUCCGCUGCCUGCGACUUCCUGCCCGCCUCCAGCCAGAGCAGGGGCGAAAACAGUCCUUCCCUCUCUCUCUCUCUUUCGGUUCCCGCCCCAGCGAGGGGAGGCGGCCCGGCUGCUCCUCCUGCCCGGUCGCCGCUGGGAGUCCCAGAGCAGGGCGUCGGCGUCGGCUGGGGAGCCGCCAUGGCGCUGCUGCUGCUGCCGGAGCCUCUGAGCGCGGCGCAGCUGCGGCGCCUGGAGCAGCACCGCUACAACGCGUCCGGGCGCUCGCUGCUGGAGCCGCCGCUGCAGCGCUAUUGGGCCUGGCUGGUGGAGCGCACGCCGGCCUGGCUGGCUCCCAACGCCAUCACCCUGGGCGGCCUCGUCCUCAACUUGCUCCCCACGCUCGCGCUCAUCGCCUACUGCCCCAGCGCCCACCAAGAGGUAGGAGCAGCCCGCCGCGCGCCCUCGCCAGGUACUCGCCUCCUCGGCUGCUCCCUCAGCGGCGGCCGGGGAGGCAGCGUCCCUCCCCGCCCCCAACCACCGGUGGGGAGACGAAGACCGAGCAGCGGGGCGGGCUAGCCGUCGAGGGAUGGGGCGGGCCUGGCCUGGCUGGGGAGCCGGGAGGGGCUGGACUUGGGGAGAGACGAAGCAGCCUGGAGCAGCGGCUGCCAGUGGAAAACAAAACGAGCAGUCUUCGGGACGUUGAGUUGUGAGGAAACGCGGCGCGGCUGGCGGAGGAAGCAGCCUGCCGCGUCCAUAAGACUGGCGGCUGGUUGUGUGUUGGGCUCUUCCGUUGAAGCCCAUUUCAGGACUAGGUGGGAAGGGGGCUUGUGUCGCCCAUGCAUGUGGAUGGCGCACAACUACUUCUGCCUUUCUGAAAGGGGCCACGACAUUCGCCUUCCCGUCCUUAUCUUGCAAGGCAAAAUAAAGUGGAAUUCGAAGUGGUUCGAGAGAGGCUUUGAUGCUAGGGCACACAGACGGCGGCAAAGAUCUGGCCAAACAGGGUUGGUGAUGCACAAGCCUGCAGGAUCUGUUUACAGGAGGCCAAAGUGGGAUGAGCUCAGCAGCAGGGUGCUGCUCUUUCAAGAAGGGCUUUCAGUUUUCUGAAAGAAAGGAGAAGAACCUGUUGGCUGUGGCCAGACAUUGAGGGCUUUCCCCCAAGUAUGUUAGUUCACAGGGGAGCCCUGUCAGAGAGGCCUACAGUGGAGGUGGGGUGGCAGGAUUGUGGGAUGCCUUUUUUACAAAAAGACCACCCAGCGAUAGAUGUGGAGCAGGAUCCUAUCUGAUGACAAAUGAAUUUAGGUUUAGUGUAGGCUUCACCAACCUAGUGCUCUUCUGAAGUUCUGGACCUUGGCAGGUGGGAGUUACCAUGUUGGGGAAAGUUUACAGCUUUCAUGUGUGAUGAGUUGUAGGUAUGAGAUCAGUGCAGAUGCUUGCUUGUUAGGUGGCAGCCAGACCUCUUUCUUCAAGGUAGUCCUUGUGCUGGAGACCUGACAUCUGGAAAUGACUUCUGUAAAUUCUCCCAUCUAUCUGUGAGCACAAGAACCAUUUCAUGAAAUUUAUUCAGGUGGCAGGAGUCAUUAUCCCAACUGUUAACUGGGGGUGAGCCUAGCAUUAGCAAUAUCAGGAGAAUACAGUGGUGCCCCGCAAGACGAAUGCAAGACGGAAAACCCGCUAGACGAAAGGGUUUUCCGUUUUUGAGUUGCUUCGCAGGACGAAUUUCCCUAUGGGCUUGCUUCGCAAGACGAAAAUGUCUUGCGAGUCUUGAGAUUUUUUUUUCGCUCUCCCCCCCCCCUUAUCUAAUCCGCUAAGCCUUUAAUAGCCUUUAAUAGCCUUUUAGCAGCUAAUCCGCUAAGCCUUUAUGCCUUUAAUAGCCGCUAAACCGCUAAUAGCGCUAAUCCGUUAAGCCGCUAAUAGGGUUGCUUCGCAAGACGAAAAAACCGCUAGACGAAGACUCUCGCGGAACGGAUUAAUUUCGUCUUGCGAGGCACCACUGUAGCUUUUUCCUUUUUCCUAAUGACACCACUUGUUUGGUGCUGCAGACUCUGCAGGUGGCAGCAGCACCAACAGUGCUGGGAUUUUGCAUCUUCCACAGUGCCCCAGACCAAGCAUGGCUCUGGGGUGUUUGAGGGUGGGGUGGGGGUGGGGAAUGGAAAUGUCAGUGGCCACCCAAAAUAGUGGAAGGUAUUCUGAGGAAGUUCUGUACAGAAGCCAACUUUUUCUAGGGAGAUGGGUGGAGAAAAUAAAAAUGCUAUAAACUUUCUCAAGAAUCCAGCUCAACUCUAGCUUCACUCCUCCAUCACCCCCCUGCAAUUGCUCAGAUAAUGUGAUUUGUGUACUUGAGUUGUAGAGAGUGAGCUCUUGUGCCAAAAGCCAAUGUGCCUGUUUCCUGGGCGUCACGGGGACUCUUCAUGCCUAUCGUACUGCGUGGAAUGUCACUAUGCAAGUAUCUUGAGUACCUGCUGAAGAGUGCGCCACACUGAUGAAAGUAGACUCUCAAUUUGCAAAAGUUCCCACAAUGUGUCUCUGGUUCUCUGUUAACGUCACUGAUGGGGUGGAGGAGGAUGUUUACUGAAACUACACUUCUGAUGCCCCUUCCUACUGAUAUUUGCCAGUGAGUUCCUGUAACAUCACAAGUGCCAAAUGACACAACUCCUCCUCACCUCAUGUCUGUACUAUUUUGUGAAUUUUUAAUUUGUAUUUCCUGAUCUAUUGAUUUAAAAGUAAUCUUUCUGGAUAUGCUGUUGCGGUGCUUAUCCAACGGUUAGUUUCUCUUGUUCUCUUCCUCCCCAUCCCCCAACUUUCCGCAACUUCUUUCUGGGACGCCCCCCCCAAAAGCUUCUUGCUGGAAGCUGAUUCCCCUAUUGUGCAAAAAAGAAAUAAAAAGCGGCAAACAGCAGCAAACCUGUUUUCCUUGCUGAGAAACUCUAAUCCCAACACUCAGCUGAUGGUGGGUAAGGAAUUGCACUGCUAAUGGCGCAAUCAAAGCCUUUGUGCAUAUAGUACGAACAGUAUUGUGGCUGAAAUGAGAAGGGUCUUAUGGCACCAUAAAGACUAGCAGAUUUAUUGUGGUAUAACCUUUCAUUGUGGUUGCUAGUCUUCAAUGCACCAUAAGACUUUUGGGUCUGUUGCAGCAUAAACAACCACAGCCACCCCCUGAAAGAGAAGGCUGCAACCUUGAUAAUCAGUUGGCAUUGCUUCUGUGUAAAAAGAUAAAAUGGUUGUGUCUUCCAUUUCUAGUUGAAGUCAAAUGUAGAUAGGAGAACCUUCUUUACAUUAAAAGCAGUUCAACAAUUGGACCUGUUCCCUGGUGGGCUCCUCCUUUCCUGUACCAGGCUAGGGGGGUUGGACUAGCUGGAUAUGGUUCUGUGAGAAGAGUGGGAGAAAAAUGAAUUGGGAAUAUUAUUUGUGAAUAGAGAAGGGAAGUUCAGUUUCUGUCUUUAGGAGGAUUAGCUAGUGCUAAAUUGGCUGAAGUGCUCUGAGGACUAGACAGCCUGUCAGUAAACAUUUGCAUCAUGAUAUUCUGUUUGGUCUGGUCUGGUCUACACAGGAUUAAAAACAUGCAGAAACACCCCUUGAUGCCAGAAUUAGCUUGGAACAGUCACAUUCAGUGGGUGACAAAUGGAUAUAAUCGCCUAAACAUUUUACUUCCUCAGCAAAUGGGAACUGGGGAAGAGACAGAUAAAGAUUCAACCAAUGUUUUUAAAAGAACCUGCUAUUUGUGCAGCUUCUGUUGUUGUUUACACGAAGCUUUAACAAUGCUCAGAAUUAUACAUAGUCCUGAGUUUAGAAGAGGCCACCAAACAACUGCUAACAGAAGUGUUCAGCAAAAGUGUUACAGAAAUUGGCAGCUUGUUUUUCCUUCCUCUUCCUUAGGUCACUGCACUGGCAGGAAAUUUAUGUACACAACACCAUCCAGAUACAGGACUAGAGUGUUGAAAAAGCCAAUCAAAUGUUGAGCUGUUGAUAAAAAUACUACAUUCCCUGGUGCAGCAAUAAAACUGCUAGCACAUUUGCAAAGCUAAGCAGGGUCCUGUAUGGUUUCAAAUCACAUGGGGAGCCGUGUGUUGAGAUUCCUGAAUUGUAGGGGAUUGUAUUAGAUGACCCCCGGGGUUCCUUCAAAUUCUAUGAUUCCUCCCUCAAAACAGCUAAAGUUAAGCAUGUUAAGGCAGUAAUCCUACAGGUAGUGUGGGAUGGGAGCCUAAUUAUGUCUACUGUGAAGUAAACCAUACUUCAGAGACUUAUUGGGACUUACUCAAUUCUGGGUAGGGUUACAGCUUUUAGUUGGGACCAUGUCCCAAGAACUUGAGGCCUGCUGCAUGUUCUGUUGGUUUCAAUAUGAAAGAACUGGGCAUGUGCUUAAUUAAAAGUGUACACUUUUAUAUGGAUUGUUCCUUUAAGGUUUUAGUUCAUGCUGCUAGUGCAGCCUUCGCCAACCUGCUGCAUUCCAGAUUUUUGGAUUGCAGUUCUCUUCAGUGCCAGCUAACUGUAGCCCGAAACAUUGGGGAAGUGCCAAGCUAGCAAACGCUGUGCUGGGAAUUCUCCCAACAGUUUCACUUUGUACUUUUAAUUUUGCAUCACUUUCGCUUUCUCCUGCAUUAAUCAUGUUUUGCAACUUGCAAGCAGUAUCGGGGAGUGAAAUUUGCCGUUGUGAGUUUGGAGUCUUUACCGUUGGGGUUAGCUAAGGCUGAACUUGUUUGUGCCUUGUUUGUGCUUCCUUGGCUACUUCUGUAAUUUGUAAGCAUAGCAAAGCAGGGCAACCCUGGCCUCUUUCCCCUGUUGCUUGCAUUUUGCUCUUUUUCUAGUUUCAGCACUAUCAUUUCUAUCUUACCCACUCCCUCCCCCAAAUUUCUGGAGUUUGCAGAAAGUCCAUUCUUUCCUUCUAUCCCACACGUUCCCCAUGCAUUGCACACCUCCAAACUUGUUUCUGUAUGUGUUUCUUUGAUUUGUUAGAACAAGAAAAUGGGAUUCUUGGAGGCCGAUAGGCAUCCAUGCUGAGACUGUAACAGUGGAAAUUAUUGCAACAGAAUCAGUACUUGAGAACAUUCUGCUAAAAUGCCCUUCCACUUGUGCUAGCUGCCAGAUGGCAGAACGAGACCUCCAUCUCAGAAGAGGUAGCACUUGUUAGUAGCAUGUGGGUGUGCCCAUGCAGCAGCUUCCAUGUUUGCAAAAGGUGUGUGCUGUUGGAGGUGUAGCCUGAUCAGAGGACUAAGAAUCUUAGGCUAAGAGAAGCUGUAACAGUCAUUUGUCUUUAGCUGUGAGCUUGUUUUAACCAGUGGUCCUGAACUGGAGACAAGCAACUUGGUACAGUGGUACCUCAGGUUACAUACGUUUCAGGUUACGUACGCUUCAGGUUACAGACUCCGCUAACCCAGAAAUAGUACCUCGGGUUAAGAACUUUGCUUCAGGAUGAGAACAGAAAUUGUGCUCUGGCGGUGUGGCAGCCGCAGGAGGCCUCAUUAGCUAAAGUGGUGCUUCAGGUUAAGAACAGUUUCAGGUUAAGAACAGACCUCCGGAACGAAUUAAGUACUUAACCCGAGAUACCACUGUAUUUUUUAUCCUCACCUGCCCUAUUUGUUCUGCUUCUGUCCUUAAUAUUAUUUUACUGGUGUUUCUCAUAUGCAAGACAGGAAAAAGAGCACACAAACUCCCGGGUUUGAAUGUACACAUCUUGUUGGUAGCUGGACUUUGAAUACUCCAGGUAUUGUUUCAGUGGUAUCACAGAUGCAUUAUGUGGAGAAAGUCCCAGGUUCAAUCUCUGGAUAGGGGUGGGAAAGGCUCCUUGGAGAGCUGCUGCCAGCCAGUGUUGUCAGUAUUGAACUAGGUGGACCGAUGGCCUGACUUGGUAUAUGGCAAUGUCUUGUGUUUCUAAAAUGUUUCCAAACAUGGUGGCUUACAUUCCCACUGGGCUUUGCUUUGAAGCAUUUGCAAGCCCAUUUCCCCUGUAGGUCUAGUUACUUUAGGAUGAAAGUUGAGAGAGAGACAUUAGUGAAUUGCAAUAGGAUGGCUAUAUAUAGAAAGCCUUUUUUGCUGCUGGAAGGGCGUGCAAGGUAACUGAUAGCUUAGAAAGGGGAGGGGGUGAAAUGUGAGAAACGGCGCUCUCCCUAAAUGCAGAAUGAAACUUACUUUCUAGAAAAUCUAGCACCUUUAAAUUUUACCCCCAUUGUUCAUAAUUGCCAACUCUUCUGGGAGUAAUUAUACUUAAUUAUAAUGUGUGGUUUCAUUACUUACUAAGAAUAUGCCUAAGAUCAGCAUGUAAUGAAUCAGUUGCUGGUUGUGACCUUUGGGGUCGCACCUCUUUAAUUACAGCAGAGAUGUGAUCUAAGUAUUAAAGGCUUCCCACUCUGUCUCUAGUUCUGUCUGCCAUUCAUCAGGGCACACUGCCUAUUGUUGUAGUACAGGCUUCCCAUCCCCCAUUUGGGUAAGUGUUAUGCUUUAAUCAAUAGGAGAAGAUAGAAAUCGCCCCAUCCCAUUUUUUAAAAAUAGGAUUUAAUUUUUGCAUCCCAUGUGUCGAAGAUGCCAGUACAUCUUUGUAAAGUGGCUAGGUUUGUCUGCUGCAGUAGUUCCACAAGAUAAUUGUGUUUCGCGUGCCUAUUCACACCUGUCUCUUCUGAGACUUGCAGUUUUGUGUCCAGUUCUAUACCUGAACCUUGAAUAGCAGAGCAGCCUUCCCCAGUCCGGUUUCCUCCUUCAGUUCCCAUCAGCCUCAGCCACGAUGGGCAGUAGUCUGGGAUGAUGGGAGAUGUAGUCCCAAACCAUCUGCAGGGUACCAGGUUAGAGUAUAAGAAUGUUCUUUUGGAAAUGACUCAGAUCAAGGAGGUUUUUUUGUUUCAUUUUAUAUAAAAAAAUAAAUAAAUUGUGAGGGUUGUAUUCAGUAGUGGGUCUACCUUUGUGGCAAGCUCUGUCACAUGCUGUUACUGAGAGUUGGGGGACCCUUUGGAAAAGAAUGGGGUUUAGUAGAUAAUGGGGAUCAAUUAAAACCAGGAGCCCCAAUUUGCACUUCUGCUAAGCCAAGGCCACCAUGGGAUAGUGCUCGGAGUGAAAAACAAGGGGUGACUUCUAAAUGUACGUUCUGGAUUAAAGUUUAUAGAAUAGACAAAUGUUUCUUAAUCAAGACAGGUAAGUCAAUAGGGUUCAGCAGGCCAAGUGCACAUUAUGUACUCUGCUGGAUGGUUCAAUUGUGCAAUAAAUGACAUUUCAAAGGCAGCCUUCCAGGUCUGCUUGACCCAUGUGUUGUGCAAAGUCCAGUAGGGUAGGAAAGUGUGGGUGGGUGACCUUCGAAGAAAUUACAGUAGAUUGUGUGGACUUUUUAAAUGGAACUGUACAAUGUGUGGCAAACAGAUAAGGAAAGUAAGAGACUCCUACACAACUGUUAAUAUACUCCAUAUGUUGCAGCAGUUGCCUAAUAGCAUGGAAUCCUCCUGUGUGUUCGUUUCAGGCUCCUCCUUGGGUGUUCCUCUCAUGUGCAUUAGGACUAUUUGCUUACCAAUCACUGGAUGCUAUUGAUGGGAAGCAAGCCAGAAGAACCAAUAGCAGCUCUCCUUUGGGAGAACUCUUCGACCAUGGCUGUGACUCUAUUUCUACAGGUAAUUAAUUAUUAUUUUUAAAAAAACUUUUUUGUGUUAAGACUCACAGAACUGACAGGCAGUUUGCAUAUAUUGCUGCAUAUCAGAAUGAUUCCGAUAAUGUUUAUGUAUUUCUUGGGUUUAAAUUAUGAUGCUCUUGGUACGUGGGUGGUGCUGUGGUCUAAACCACAGAGCUUAGGACUUGCUGAUCGGAAGGUCGGCGGUUUGAAUCCCCGCAACGGGGUGAGCUCCCGUUGUUCGGUCCCAGCUCCUGCCCACCUAGCAGUUCAAAAGCAUGUCAAAGUGCAAGUAGGUACUGCUCCAGCGGGAAGGUAAACGGCUUUUCUGCGUGCUGCUCUGGUUCGCCAGAUGCGGCUUAGUCAUGCUGGCCACAUGACCUGGAAGCUGUACGCCAGCUCCCUUGGCCAGUAAAGUGAGAUGAGCGCAACAACCCCAGAGUCAUCCACAAUUGGACCUUUACUUCUAUACAAUUUAGCUUCAAAGAAGCUGCACACCCAGUAAAACUAUAUAUUUUUAAAUAGAUAGGUGGUGCAAUGGGUCAGUGUGUCUUGCAGUUAACCAGAAGGUUGGUGAUUUGAACCCAUCCAGGGACGACUGUGGGCAGGAUUCCUGCACUGCAGGGGGUUGGACUAGAUGACCUUCGGCAGUCCCUUCCAAAUCUUCCAAUUCUAUUAUUUUAAGAGCCAAUAGUGUAGUUGCUUCCAAGUGUCCUGUUUGGCAUUUUUCUUACAACCACGUCUCAUGAAAUACAGCACAGACCAUAAGAAUAUGGAAUUAAAAAACAACAACACAAUUUGCAUGUUAUGGCUCCAUACAAGAGUUUGUGCCAGGAAUUUGAUGUUGACCUAGACCACAGUAGCUAAGCUGUGGUCUUCCAGAUGUUGAAUGAGAGUUUCCAUCAUCCCUCACUAUUGGCCAUGCUGGCAGGGAUGGUGGGAGCUGGAGUCAAACAGUACAUGGAGUGCCAUGGGUUAAGGAUGCCACCCCCUGACAUGGACAUCCUCUACCUGAUGGGCAAUCUAUGAAGCAAGAACCUUGCAAAUGUCUCUGGGCCUAUGCCUAUUUCACCACAAGUAUGGCUUGCAUCUCCACCCAUUUUACUGCACCACCACAAACUGUGUUACAUGCAAAUGCUCAGAACUAUUUAGAUACCAUUCUUCAAAUAACUGUGAUAACUAACGGAAGCUAAUUGGACUUUUCAGUUUUCAUUGGUAUUGGAGCCUGCUUAGCAGUUCGGCUAGGAACAAACCCAGACUGGCUGUUCUUCUGUUGCUUUAUUGGAAUGUUCCUGUUUUAUUGUGCUCACUGGCAAACCUAUGUUUGUGGCAUGCUAAAGUUUGGCAAGUAAGUGGCUAUUUGGAUAAUCUGCUCUGUGACUGACGUUGAAAUACAUUUGCCCCGAUGUUUCAACUGGGGUGGUAGAAUUUAACCUAGAUCCAACAGGAUUUCCCGCCCCCCUCAGCUCUCAUCGUUGUGUAUUUCUUUUUGCAGGGUAGGGGAAUCCACCAGCUUGAGAUUUAGUAUAUUAAUUAGCUCUUCCAUAAGGGGUUUCCUUGUACAUCUAAAAUUCUGAAAAGGGUAAACCUAUUGCAUGACAGAGAACUUCAGAUACCGUAGUUUGGUGAAAAAAAUGCUGCUUAGCUACUUUCUGUUGUAUUGACUAGCAAAGCAUAUACUUUGUAUAUUGAAAUUUAAUUACCAAAACCUUUUGAUAAAAACUCCCAGAAAUUUGAAUUUUAUAUCCAACAAAUAAUUGAAUUUUAUAUCCAACAAAUAAUUGAAUCACCUGAAGUUGUUAACAUUUGUCUUGGGCACACAACCGCUUUGAUGAAUCUUAAUAUUUAGUGAGCUAUUACCUAUCAAGUAGUCAUUGGUGUGGAUCAACUUUAUUUCUCUUUUAUUACAGAGUCGAUGUAACUGAAGUACAGAUAGCCGUAAUUAUACUCUUUUUGAUAUCUGCAUUUGGUGGAACAACAGUGUGGGACACUAAGGUAACUGUAUAUAACUAUCAGGCUUGAAAGUUUGUAAAUUACACAGUCCUGUAUGGUUCCUGUUUAGCAGCUUCUUCUAAUCCUUUGUAUUUCUCCCAUGCCACAUUUUGUUAAACUUUGAUUUUAUUUCGCUUAAAAAAAAAAAAGCCCUGGCUCGAUUAUAUGUUUACCUAGGAUGCCUUUUCCCAAUGUAGUUCCAGUGCUCUGUCAUCUUACUGUCGUGAUGUGCUGUCCUAUGCAUGAGUUUAGAACUACAGAGGAAAAAGACCCCAUCUGCCAUAUGUGAUAUUUGUGUUAAAUCACUCAGAUCAUUUAAAUACAUAAAUGCUCUGCACAGAGAGUUGGAUUUCAUCUUAUUCUCAGUGCUGUACUCCCUUCUAUAAAAGUUGACCCAACUGGCAAAAUUCUGUCACUUAACACUUUUGUAGUUGUGGGCUGAGUCGCAGUAAGCCUGAGGUCGCUGGGGUAGAGGCACAGGAAGCAAUAAAUAACAGCCUUUUGGGAGCUAAAUGGCCACAGCUUUAUUGAUUACAGAUGUAAGAAGACUAUGGCUUAGGCACUGGGUAUGUAUCUUGGAUCAGCCAGCCCAGUUGAUGCACAUCAGAUAUAGGCAACCCCUCCAGGCUGCCAGUCAGGGAGUUCUGUGGCCCAUUAGCCCCGGUCUGGGCAUAUGGACAUCCCCUUGGGACCCCUUUACCAGGGUACCCUACUACUUUUAUCUGGAGAUUAUAUUAAGGAUCCAACCUUUUUUCUGCCAGCAAUCUGUGACAAUUGCUGGGAGGUAAUUGAAACCCCUAGACCGGUCCAAUUGGCCUGCAGGAAAAUUCCUCCCAGGGGCCAAAUAUUGCGACCAAGAGACUCCUCAGCAAGCUUUUACACACACACACACACACACACACACACACACACACCACCUUCAGGCAGGGCCAAAUUUAUCCAGGGUGGGAGGGUGUGAUGUCCAGUGCUGACUGCACUGCUGGAAGGCGGUGCAGUCAGCUUUCAUGAUUUGGAGACAGACCUGAGUAGAAACAGGCUUACCCGCUUCCAUCUCCAAUUUCCUGCCCCGUAGUAUGGCCUCCGACUGGCCAAUUUAAAUUAGAAAGAGGCAGGGGAGUCCUGUCACUUCCUGUAGCUUAUUGGGGUUGAUGACACUGGCCGGCCACACGGAAGGUUUUUGUCUGUCCCCCAGCUUGGCCAUGGUGACACCAGGCCGCAACUGGUGCUGCUGUCAAGAACGGCAAGGUUCUGCUGAAUUUGUCAUAAGGCAGCAGAAUGCAUGUUUUGUACUUUAGCAAUACGUCAGAGCAAAUUUAUACUGCCCCUGCUUUCAAGAAUGCAUUGUUCAUGCCUGUAUUGUAGAACACAGAAUUGCAGACAACCAGCUUGAGACAAUCCGAAUGUAUGCAGUAGCAUCUGAAGAAACAUAACCCCUGUAACGACGUACAUUGGGGUUGGUUUUCUGUUGCCUUGAUCCAUGUAGUUAAGCUUAAUGUGGCCACAAUUCUUUAACUGCUUGGAAAUCCAAGAAUUGGAUGAAUGGUAAAGCUAGGUGUGAAUUGCAUGGUAAGAGAUUGUUGAAAAUAGGCACUGGGCACCACACUGCAAGCUUUUAAACAGCUACAGCAGAGCUCCCAGCUGUCUUGAGUCCACUCUUGGAAGCGAAUCAAUAUUCUGGCAUGUCGCUAUAUCUACUAAAAUUUAUUUUUAUUUUGAAAUGCAUGCUCUCUUCUCAAAUGACUGUAAGCAGUCAAAAUGUGGAAUUCUUUUAAAAAACAACUCUACAUUGUGAAAGUCCAUUCAUUAUUCUGUUUUACAUAAACUGUUGCAUUGAUUGAGAAGUCUCAAUAACAUAUCCUUAGUGUAACCUGGUGGGUUACAGGAAAUUCAUUUUUUUUACUCUUCUUUUUAAUCCUUUGCUGCGUCUUGGAAGUUUCCUUGAAACUACAAUUGAAUAAGAAAGGUAAAUACUUAUUCUAAAGGUCUAUUAGCUGGAGAGUAUUGGUAAUGCAAUUUCAUAGCAAGAUAUAACAAAACAGGCAGAUGGUGUUUGCAUUUCCUGUGGUGCUACUGCUGUUUUGAUCAGUGAACUGGGAAGAACUAUCCAUUUUUCAGAAAUAUAAAAGCUAGAAAGCUGAUACAUGUUGUUUAUAGAUGUUAGUAGCAACAUGCCUGUCUGAAUUUAAAACAAUUAUGUAACCUUUGGGUUCCUAGCAAAAUUAAACUGUGCUCUACAUUUUAUUUUACUACCAUGACUAUGCUCUUCAUCUGAUUUCUUUUUUAAAAAAUGAAGAAAAUGGAUAGUUCAAAAGAACUGCUAAAAAUGUUUCAGUAAUGGCAGAAAGACAUUAAUCUAUCUUAAAAUAUUCUACAUUUUCCCUGCAAGCUUCCUGUGCUGGAUCUAAGACUGAAGAUGAUUCCUGUUGCUGGAAUAGUGGGUGGAGCAAUAUUUUCCAGUUACAAUUAUUUCAGAGUAAUAUUUGGAGGAGGCGUGGGAAAGAAUGGCUCUACAAUAGCAGUAAGUGUUCUUUAACAAACAAACAAACAAACCUAAAUGUUUGAUACACAAAGUUGCCUUUAACUUACUGUGGUGUUUUAUAUAAACAGGUUUGCUGUGUGCUUAAUUUAGCAAGUUUUAUUCUAUAUCUAGGAUUAAACAUCCAUUGUAAUAAUAUAAAUAUUACUAUCUACUAUUUGGGAAUUUAAACAGGUUGUUUACUGGGGUUAGGAGUUCAGAACAUACCUUUUCCCUCUUGUUCAGUUUGAACUGGCUACUUGUUUGUUUCUGGAACAAACCCAGGCCUUUUGACUCCCGAGAGACAUGUCUUUAGGACUCACCCUAUACUUUUGAUUGCAGAUUAUUUUUAACUUAUGUUAAUGUUGUAUAUUUACACUGUUGUAACCUGCUCUGGGAUGUAAAGGGCAGGUGAGAAUCUAAGUAGAUGUAGUAAAAGUAAAGAGACCCCUGACAGUUAACAGGCCGAGGGAGCAGACAGUUUUUCCUGGUGAUGUGGCCAGCAUGACUAAGCCGCUUCUGGCGCAUGGAAACACUGUUUACCUUCCCGCCAGAGUGGUACCUAUUUAUCUGCUUGCACUGCAUGCUUUCAAACUGCUAGGUCGGCAGGAGCUGGAACCGAACAAUGGGAGCUCACCCCAUUGCGGGGCCUCGAACCGCCAACCUUCCGAUCGGCAAGUCCAAGUGGCACAGUGGUUUAAACCACAGCGCCACCUGCAUACCUAGUAGUAGCCCUAAAUUGCUUGAGACAUAAGUACAUUCAGGACCACCUCCUUAUGUAUGCCCUUCCCACCUGCUGCUUUCAUCAUCUGAAGUUUUCCUCCAGGGAAUCUACUCUGUGGAAUGCCCUGCUGAAGGAGGUUCAUCAGUCUCUCACUCCUUAUUCCUAGCUGUUUGGCAAAAACAUGGCUGUUCAGCUUUAGUUAAUUUUCCUUAGAUUUUGUUAUUUUAGUGUGAUUGGCUCCAUGAAUGUUUCAUUGUUGUACAUUGGUUUCUGAUGUAUGCUUGGGCUUUUUACAUUGGAUUUUUGUUCUGAUGGUGUGAGCUUGAAUUCAGGGUGUGUUUGGCAUGUGAGAGUGGGAUACAAGUUAUAAAACUGAUAUAAUUUAAUUAUUUGUGCCUUUCAGGGAACAAGUGUUCUGUCACCAGGCCUUCAUAUAGGGUUGAUUAUUACUUUGGCAGUAAUGAUCUAUAAAAAAUCUACAACACAACUAUUUGAAAAGCAUCCUUGCCUCUAUGUCUUAACAUUUGGAUUUGUGAGUGCCAAAAUCACACAAAAGUUGGUGGUAAGGAGUUUCUAACAAUGUUUUGUGCAUUUAUUAUGAUGAUGUGUUAAUGCAAUAAUGCAUGUGAAGCAUUGUGAAUGUUCUAUUGCUAAGCUGAUAUCUAUUAAUAAAAAAUGAAAAUGAGCACCGCACAGCUUAUUCAGUCUAAAGAGCACAGAAAUAACAAAAUGGUUUCUUAAUUUUAAAGUGAUUCAAUAUUUGUUGCAAGAUCAGGUAAUCAAUACACAGUAUUUCUUUGCUGAUGCCAUUUUUAAUAUAGGCAAAAGCUGACAUGGACCUUCAGCUCUGACCUUAAGGCUGCUGUCCUGUACUAAUAAGGAGACUCAUUGGACAGAGAUUUACUUCAAAAUAAACAUGGACAGAAUUGUGCUGCAAGUUCUUUUGCAAAACGUAUUGGAUGAUAGCCAACAUCACAUAGAUGAAAAUCUGCUUGUGCAGGAUGUUCCCUUGCUCUCCCAUCCUGUGGCCUCUAAAUCUACUGUGGCGGGUACCCCCAAUCCUCUGGAGCAUAUUUGAGGGCAUGUAGAAGGAAAAGGUCCAUUCCAUUCCUACAAGUAUGUUUCAAUUAAUGACAGAAACCAAUGAAGAUUACCAGUUACCCAUUACAGCUAAUAUUCUGCCCUGAGCAUUCCUUAUGUCUAAGCCUUUAUAGUUCUCUUAAAUGUUUGUAAUUAAGAAGAAACCACAUGUCUGGAAACAAAACAUCUCCUUAAUCAUUAUGUUGCUUAUAAAUUUCUUUGAAUCCUUGAAUAUUCAGAUGGGUUCAGGUACUGACUUAAGAGAUGAACAAAUUGUAUUGUGUUAAAAUAGGAUCUAAACAUCUUAGUUUAGUAACUAAAUCUAAUCUUUGUUCAUAGAUUGCACACAUGACCAAAAGUGAAAUCUUCCUACAAGAUACUGCAUUUAUUGGGCCCGGCCUCUUGUUUCUAGACCAGUAUUUCAACAGUUUUAUUGAUGAAUAUAUCAUCCUGUGGAUAGCACUGGUAAGCAGUUUUCCAUACGCUUCACUAAAUUAUGGAAAGUGUUUUCACCUUUCUAGGUGUUUGGGUCAGACUCUCUAGCCUUGUAUUCCAAACAGAUGAAGGCUGAGAGGUAUACCUGCUUUUAUUUGUGUUGGACCAUGUUCUGGUAGUAAAGUAGAAGUUGAGACCAAGUUUCAAUUGGGAAGUCCCUUGUUCAAAUCUUGCUUUUGCCAUGAGCCCACUAGGUGACCUUAGAAAAGUCUUUUGUCUCAGCUCCCACUUUGCAAUGAGAUUCUAAUUGUUUAUCUUACAGCGUUUGUAAGAAUUGCAAAAAAAAGUCAUAUUUUUUUUUUAAACCUAAAGAGCUGGUUACCAAUUUAUUGCAUGCACAGAUCUACUCCUUUUACAUUUGUGGGUUUGAAUGAAAUUGACUCUUAAAUUCAGGCUGCUAAAGAAAGUUUCAUCAUAGGGAAGAAACAAAAACACAUGUUUUAUUGAUUAGAUACGAUUGCCGGACUACAAACCAGAUGUCCCCUGUAUUUCUUAAUUCAGUACAGUGGUACCUCGGGUUACAUAUGCUUCGGGUUACAGACUCUGCUAACCCAGAAAUAGUACCUUGGGUUAAGAACUUUGCUUCAGGAUAAGAACAGAAAUCGUGCGGCGGCAGCGGGAGGCCCCAUUAGCUAAAGUGGUGCUUCAGGUUAAGAACAGUUUCAGGUUAAGAACGGACCUCUGGAAUGAAUUAAGUACUUAACCCAAGGUACCACUGUAUUAAAAUUAGGAAGAGAGGCAGCAGCAAUGACUUUUCUGACCUAUUUUCUUCUCCUUUUGUCCACUCUCCUUUGUCCCACUGUAUUCAGGCCAAGAAUCCUGGCUGUGUAUUAUAGUAGGGAUGAUGAUGAUGAUGAUGAAUGCACUGGGAUGAGUGGCUUCAUCUUCAGAAGUUAAUUUAAAUUUAAUUUAAAUUUCUGUCUUUCGGUGUGCAUGCAUGUAAUCUCUGAACUGCAGAUCUAACUAGAAGUUUUUAACUAUUUUAGAAUUAAGGUGUAUGCUUCUGUUAUAACUAUCUGUGUGCCUUGAAGAACGAGAGAGAAUUUAAGCACAGAAUAAUUCAUUUGUGCAACACAUGUUUUGAUCUUAAGCUCUGAACUUUUUUCUCCCUCUUUAGUUCACAUCCUUGAUUGAUUUACUGAGAUACUCCACUGGGUUAUGCAAACAGAUUGCAGCUCACCUUCACAUACACGUCUUCAAAAUCUCAACUCAUCAAGCUCCUGAACAGGUUCAAAACCAUAAUGAGUGACUUAUAGCUGAAAACGAAGAGGAGUUGGUUGGGGGUGGGGAAAGUGUUGAAUGGUGGAAAAUACCCUUUUCAGCAUUGCAGUUGUGGAAAUUUUCAAAGAGAACUUAAGUGCAUGAGAGGUUAAAUGAAAUUAAUUAUAUAAUACCAAGUUCCUACAGGCUCUGUUGGGACUUACUGUAACUGUUACUUUGAAAUCAUAGGAAUAGAGGGUCUAAGGAAGUUUUUGCUACAAAGUAGCAAAUUAUUGUUUAGAAACUUGUUUUGCUCUUUGCAGACAGAAAUGCUUGAAAACCUAAUGUACUUGGCAGCUAACUGAACUCGUAAGAAACAGCCAAAUAUGGAUUUCUUAGAAGGUAGUGUGAUGUUGGUUCAUUAUAUAGGGACAGUAAUUGUAUAAAAUACUGCAAGUUAUCCAUUCUACAUUUCACUGCUUUUGGAGAAAACUAGAGUCUUAGUUGAAUAUUUUUUUUUAUAUAUUUAAGGGCUAAAACUACUGAGUUGUCAUCUUGUAUCAAAGUCUUAGGAGUGUGUCUUUCAUAUUAACUAUGUUUAAGAGUUUCUGAUACUGGUUAAAGGAAAAAAAAUAAGGAAUUUAACCAUAAAUUAGUUGUCAAGGUUAAAAUUAUGGCAUAAUUGAUCUUGCAGUAGUGUUUAAAUUCUUAAGCGUUUAAAUUCUUUGCAUGAGCAGGGAGAAUCAUAAUUACACUUACUUCUUUCGCUUACAGUAUAAAUAUUUGUGAAUUGCUACUAAGAAUUUGGCCUGUGGGCAGGAUUCAACAUUGUUAUUGAGCACAGAAUGAGGUCUGCUUGCAUACCAGGACAUCCUCACCGCCCUCAUUGCACUGUAAAUCUGCUCUGGAGGCUUGCAUGGGGGUGCGGAGAAGCUGGAGGAAAGUCCUGUUGUGUGAUUGGACCACGUUCCCCAUGCACACACCCCACUGAGUGCUAUGUUGAAUUCCACCCUGUAUUUUUAAAGAAAUGAGUGAGCGAGGGAUGUUAAGCUGGAUAAAACAGUCUGCUAAGACCAAAACACAUACAGCAUACAUUUCCUCUUUCUUUACAAAAUGCAGUUUGAGCAGGAAUGAGGAAAGGGCUUUUUAACACCUCGUGCCCUUUGGCAGUGUUAUUGAUUAAAUUUUCUCUCCCCAACCCAAAAUAAAUUCCUCUCAUAGGUACAAAAACCUCUUUAAUACACCAGAAUGUGAAGUCAUUUAAAAAUGUAUUAGAAUAAGGUCUUUGACAUUUCAAGCAACAAAGAAAUUUGCAUUUUCAUUUAGUAAAAUUUAUCAGUGAUGUCUAGGUAUUAUAUAGCUGUGCUGUUUUUAUAUGGGAUUUAAUCAUCCUGUCUAGAAACUGUUUUGUUUAGGAAGCAGUUUGUACAGUGAUGGUCUCUGGGGGAUUACUGUGUGUUUUCCAUCACUUUCUUCUAGAUGUCAUAUGCUUUAGUGAGACCAGAAAAAUAGAACCAUAACUCCCAGUCAAGUCUUUUUGUGUAGCUAAGAGGAAAGAAAUAUGCCAACCUCAGCUGUGGACAAAUGUGUAGUUUCAUAUAUUUUCACUUAAUGCAAAGCCUUCUCAGAAAGUUUUAAACACCUAAGUGACAGGAGUGGAUAGAUCUAAUGACUGAGCUGAUCUCUUUCUACUGGCAACAGAUUUGAGUUUGAAUUCAGUUAUAAAUAUAUGUAUUUCAGAAGAACGUAAAACAAUCUGAAUCCCAACUUAGCUUUGAUGCUCUGUAACAAUAAAACUAGUUGUAGGUACUACCAUCAGACAAGCUGGGUUGACUAUUUCCAAGAAAUUCAGGGUUGUCUUUUUCUUGGUGUUUAGAGCUAGUUCAUACAACACAGUUCCUAUAUCCAAGCAAUCCCAAGUGAUUCUUGGCUAUGUGUUUUAACAGCAAUGGGGGUGAGGGAAUCCUGGCAACUUUAUCCAGAAAGAAGUCUACCAAUAAGCUGGGAAGGAAAAUGUAUGGGGCUACCUUUCCCCAUGUGCCUUCUUCCCCAUUGCAGCUCUAUUCCUUUCAGUGCAUCAUCUGCAAAGAAUGUGAUUUACAUGUGCUUCCUCCCCCCAGCAAAAUUCAGAAGCAGUUUGGGCAUUGGUGAGGGUUGCAUAUGGGCCAUAGGUUGCCCACGUGUGCCUUACAAGCUCACUGUAAGAAAGUUGUCCAGUCUUCUCCAUUAAAAAGGAAAGUACUGAACAGUUAGCUAGAAAGAAAACUGUUACCCUCCUGGGUCAGUUUUAAACAAGUGAUGAAGAUCUCUAACAGCAAAACAACUAAUCAUGUUAUUUUCUAGCUGAAAAGAUCUAAACAGUAAAUACCCACAAAUGACAAGACUUCAGAAUUUGAUGGUCUGCUUAAAAAACUGAGGGAUCUUCAGCAUGUCACCAAAUUCAAAAUUAAAUGCUGAUUAAUGGCCACUAAAGAAUCUCCAUGAAGUGGCAUUAGGAUAAUUAAUGGUGGCAAACCUUGGCAUUUAAAUAAAACCAUGCAUUUAUCCAAAAACUAGGUGGUUUGCUGCCAUUAUUAUAGCAUGUAGUAAUUGUUCUGGAUUCCUUUAAAGUGAUGUCAGAGUUUAAGACCAAAUAAAUUAUUGCUACAUUUCAAACAGUUAAAACUGUGAUUCUAAGUUGCUGUAAUGAAAAUUUUGUUUCGUUUGUAAAGCUUGAAUUACCAGUGUGUUUUUACAGUAUGAAAAUAUGAUUAUGCUUUUAUUUUUCUAAAAAGCUCAAUGACAGAAGUUUUUGCUGUUUGGGAGGGGAAAGAAACAUUUCAUUUAGAGUUUUUGGAGAUAGGUACUUGCUUGAUAUACUUUUAAAUUUUGCUUUUAAUUAGGUUUCCUGAACUGUAGAGUGUAAGCCUCUUUGUUUAGUUAUUCAGAAUCUACUGAUAGUCUACCAGCCCCUAAUAUUAUCUUCCCUCAAAAAAGUAGAACAUUUUAUUUAAGUUGAGACCAUGAAACUGGAAAAUUAAUAAGAGUGCCUUAUAAUAAAGGAAAUCCCAAACUAGCAACAUGUAUAUUUUAUUUUAUAAUCAUAAGGAAGUUCUUAUGCAUCUCCUUCAACUUUCAGAUUAAGACAUAUUACUCUGGUUGGUAUAUAAGAAUGAAACAUUUUUUUGGUAGCAACCUGAAACAUUUUAUAUAGUUCUGCUGCAAGUACACAAUUUUUAAUAAGGCCUUGAAUCCCAUAGUACAUGCAAUUUGUUUUUGUACCAAACACUCUGAUAAUAACAGUCUGUCAGACAGUUAAACAACAUUAAGUAUCUUGAACUUUCAAAAAGGUACCUUAACCCUGGGAUCUAGAUUCUGAAUUUAAGAGGUGAAAAAAGAUUGAUGCAAAUUAAAAACCAUUAAGAAUACUUUGAGAGACACAGGGGAAAAAAAUUUAGCAUAUCCUGUUGCUAAGCAGCAAUGAGCUGUCGGUUUCUUUGAUAUCAGAGCUGAAUGUAAGGUAUUCAAAUAUAGCAAUUUUUAAUAUGGCGUUUAAAAUACUGGCUCUUCCUCCCCAUAUGGCUAAUGUAUAUAAUUGUAUCAUGUUACUUAGGUACAAGUUGUUUCUCCACUGAGCCAUCAGAAUAACAUGGACUGAAGAGAUUUGCGAACAGUUGCCAUCUCUUGCUGUUGCUGUUAAGAGAGAAAAAAAUGCUGAUCAAAUGUAACAUUUUGUAUCAUAGUGUUCUGACUUGCUGAAUAUAAAUGGUAAAUGUUUAAUUUUUCUAUUUAAAUGUUGUUUUAAAAUGUCACUGAAAUUUUCCAUAAAUCAGUAUUAACACUUACAGUGUCCAUCAUGAUCUUCUUUUGCAACAUAGCCAUUUCCUUCCGAAGCUCAUUUUGUGCACCUACUAAAAGACUUUCAUGAGUCUUCUCCAUGUCUUCCAUACUCUAAAAUCAGAUAGCAGCUUCAUGAAAAUCUGUUACUGGUUUACACCCAGAAAUUUUGUUACAUUUUAGAAGUCAAGGAAUGGCCAUGAAUUACCAGAGUGGCUAGCAAUGGCAAAGGUAGUAGCCUAAACACAACAAAAUUUUGAGAAGUAAUUAUGCUAACUGGUAAGAGUUCAUCUGGACUAGUUUUCUAUUCUUCGCACUGCUUAUCCAAACAAUAUAUUGUUCAACUGCCCUACAGGAAUUGCCAACGAGAUGACAAAGGAGUCUACAAAGCAAUGAUAUUACUAACCCAUAUAACAUCUAUGCAUGUACAAAUGUAAAUGUAGAGGCUUGACAAGGUUAGCAUUACAGUGGUACCUCAGGUUACAGACGCUUUGGGUUACAAACUCUGCUAACCAGGAAGUGGUUGCUCCAGGUUAAGAACUUUGCCCCAGGAUAAGAACGGAAAUCGCGUGCCAGCGGCGCAGCAGGCCCCCAUUAGCAAAAGCACACCUCAGGUUAAGAACGGACCUCUGGGACGAAUUAAGUUCUUAACCCGAGGUACCACUGUAUAUGUGUGUUUUGUCCAACUAUGAAAAUAAGAUGUAGCCAUGCUGUCUCUCAUCACAGAGGAGAUCAACAGUACUGCUGGGGCAGUAUUCAGUUGAUGCUCAUGCUACUCUUCAUGCAAUGCAUAUUAGGUGUCAAAUAAUCAAGUGGAAACAGAGCAGAAUUGAUGCAACAUGAAGUUAAAGUUUAAGUAGUAGUUGCAAUUAUUUUUAAGCAUAAAUGUAUAGAUAGUAUGCCACUGCAGAUCUUGCCAUAUUAGCAGCAGGGACAGCACAGGAUGUUUGUUUGUAUCCAGCAGUUCUAUGAGCAGAAAGCAGCUCAUGCAACAGGUUUUCUUUUUCUUCCCUUCCUUCUGUACCCUCCAAAAAACCCUCUAAGAAAGCUGGUGAAAUUUCAGGCAAAUCCUCCUGGCCCAUCACAGGCCUGUAUGAGACAGACCCCACUGUGCAGAAGGGCAUCUAGACCCUCUGGAAAGAGGUUUUGGGAGAUGUAGGUAGGAGGGGAAGAGAAAACCAGUGGUGGAAGCUGCCUUCUCACACAACCUUUGUUUUAAUAUACUGUAAACUAAAAUAACAAUGCACUUUUAAUAACAAACUUGAUCAAAUGGUUGUUUUUUAAUAUACCUUCAAAAAUUGCUCAUACAGCUGCUUAAUUGUUUUCAGUCUUUGACUCUGAACUAUUCUUGCUUGUUGGAAAGUUUUUUGUUGUUGCCGAAACAGGUUCUAAGGAAGGAAAAAGAGGCUGUAAUAAAUGUAGGAAUAAAUAUUCAUAUAAUAAAGCUUUAUCACAUUGUUACUAAUUGUAAACUGUAAGCAUAGCCAAAUCUGGUACGCUAAGACAAAUGGGGCACUGCUUCACCAACUUCAGUUUGCCCCAUCUGCCUUGCCUACAUCCAGUCCAUGACUGCUGCUGCUGCACCCUGGCCUGUGUAGGAUUCAGAAAGGAAAAGGUUAGGGACAAAACUAGAAUUAGUUUGCUCUAGGUCCACUUACUGUUGGUUUCCUUUAUUUCCACUCAACUACUCCCAGUAGGCACCAGCCAUCAGUUAUUACCAUAAGUGUAUGUGUGUAUAUAUAUUCUUAAAUUAAUUUCUAAGCCUUUGCUGUAAAUUCAUAUAGGGUUUUCAGGGGCAUUCAGGUCAGGGAAUGAACAAAAAAAGAAAGAAAUUCUAAGAAAAUGGUGUAUAGUUUUUACAUGUCAAAUUGUUUCCAAUGGCAAGGUUUUCUUGCUUUCACUUGCUAUUUAUUUACAUUUAUAUGCUGCCAUAAACAAUGGGUAACUUAUAGUAGUAACUGGAUGCUUAUCUUCCACUGAACGUAUUGUUGUUGCUUACCACUGCAAGCUUAUUCAGUGUAUAUUUAUUUAAGGAACAGAUUGAUCACAGUGCAGAAACAUUGGCUCUACUAACUAUGGCGUAACAUUAUCUUUUGACCUAAUAUCUGAGAUGUUAUUACUGAUCAGCACUUGGACUCUGCUAAUUUACUUAGCUCUCCUUCACCCUAUGUGAGCAUAUUGUUUUCCUAAAGCUAGGGCUACACGCAACCCUGAAUAUUACCUGUCUGUUUUGUGAAUAUUAACAUUCCACACUGCAGUAUAAGGAGAAUGAAAUAUCAGCCUCAGGCACUUACAUUUAUUAUUCAAAAAGUUAAGAAAAACAAACCAUUAAUUUUUCUUCCUGUUCCUCAGAUUUCUUUAUAUCAGCAUCCCACUGUUGAAAUACAUGCAGGAACUGCUGAGAAUAUUCGUGUUGGACCUUCUGCCUAAAAUAUAUAUUUUGCAAGCUGAAAUAAUGCAUUUUUGAAUGUUAACAUGAAAUACCAUUGAUUUAUAAACUGUAAAGGCAUCGGUGAAAGAUGGAGAACCUAAAACAUUCAGUUAGUCACACAAACUUUAAAAAAGGAAGAGUUGGUAGAUUUGAGAGAACACAGCUAAGGUGAAAGGUGGCCAUCUAAUGUGGAAAAAACACACCAUAGAACAUUGAAGAGUAUUGUUCUAAAGUAGGUUUACAAUGCAAUCAUAUGCAUGUUUACUUCAAGUAAGCCCAAUUAUGUUCAGUGAGGUGAACUUCCAAAUAAAUAGUGUAAGAGGUCAGGGGUCCCUUUACCUUUAAGAAUGCAACUUAAAUGUUAUUUUAAAGAAUUUGCUUUCUAAAAUGAAAUAUUCUGAUUAGGAACCAACUCCUUUACUAUAGUAAAUUACCAGGAAAUCAUAUCCAGACAGACAAUCAAAACUCAGACACUAAGUCCAGGAUGGAAAUCCUUUUUUGGUCUAGUGUCACAUUUCCAGGGGAGGGGUACAACUUGUUGGGGGGCCACAUGCUGCUCGUGGGCAGGAACAGAGCCAAUAGUGAGCAGGGCCACCCUCUCUGACACCCCCAUUUCUCUCUUCCCCUGUUUAACAUGCUGCUAAGAGAGGGAAAGAUAGAUUGCUCUUCCCAGGUCUGAUCUGAUCGCUUGCAUAUAUUAUUGCUUUCAUCCAUUUUGGCUUUUCUGCCUGUUGGCUCUCCCUACCUACAUGGAAUCAGACUGAGGGCCACAGGUUGAAUCUCUGCCACAAAUGUGCAAUGUAUGUUCGUGUUAAUUAUAACCCCCACCUUUGCUCUUGUUGUGUUUUCCAAACGUGUUCUAUUUUCUGGUUGCUUGUUUUGAGAGAAGCUUUCGUGUACAUUUCUAAUCUUUUCCUUUUAGCCAGAAGAGCUUUGUUAAUGUCCGCUGCAGAAAGACAAAGAAUCAUUAGGCAUUGUAUCUUAAAACAUACGUAAAGAUUUAUAAGAUUUGCAAAGAAAGGCUAGAAUGUCUCACACACUACACCUGUUAGGCUACAGUAGUGGCUACAGUAAUUAAUGCAUGAAUUCAGGGACCUCUUCUCAAACUGAUUUUGAAUCUAGUAUAAGCUGUAUUAAAAUUACAGUGUUUAUAUGGCAGCUUUUAUAGUGUGUUGAGCUAUCAGUAAAGUAUUUUGCCAUCAACAAUAAGGUCACUUUUAACACCCCACAAUAAACACAGAAACUAAGCGGAAGCUGGCUGACACAAUCCAGUCUGCCCAAAGAUUUGGAUUCUUCUUACAUGAAGCCCUUUUCAAGCAAGCCCAUAACCAAACAAUCUAGGCAGGUGCUUUUGUAAAACAUGGUACCUUUUGAGGCUAAAACUUUAGAGAGAACUCUAAUAAGAGACAGUAGACUAUCAAAGGAGCAAAAUACAGCAUUGGUUAAGCAGUUGCCUUUCUUCACUGUUAAGUACAGUAUUACUCAUGCUCCAUGAUUUGCAGACAUAUUCCAAAACUUCAUGAAGUUCAAGAUGGCUUUCAGAAAGCUUGUGGCCCAUGCUCAAAUUGCAUAAGCUGUAGCCAUGCUGUGUAUCCUUAAGAGGACUGAAACCUCAUGAGAGAAAGAUUAGUUGAUCAGUUAUAUGCACUUUAAUCACUAGAUUAAUCAAAUGUGCAUAUGGGUAAAAACACAGCUGAAGGAAGAAACACAUUUGUUUUUAGAUUAUGUGCAUGUGUUGUAGCUGGCAUCAUUUCAGAAGAAAUAAGCAUGCCAAAGGGAGAUUAUGUUUUAAGCUGUUUCUUGCCAUACAGUAGCUUUUAUAAGCACUUGUAUUAAAAUAUAUAUUUUUAUUUUUAAAAACUGCUCCUCAGUUAAUUGGGAUACUUUUAAAGUCAGUUGAUUAGAUCAAAGAAGCAUUGCAGUCCUUGUCAUUGGGACAAACUAAGAAGUCUUUUUGCAUCAUCCUUUGUUAGCUACCACCCUUCAUUACAGAAAGUGGAGAAGAGCUAAGUUCUUGCUAUGGAGGUGACUGAUAUGGACACAGACAAGAUGGAAUCUUGCCAGUAAUGUCUGAUUAAUGAAGGCCAUGUUCCAUCACAUUUUGCCCUCGCCAGUCUAUUUUAGUAGAAUUUGCUUCACAUGAGAGUGAAACCCAGAGCAAAGACAUAGAAAUUUCUAAGUAGUUUUUUCUGAGCAGGCAUGGAUAACCUGCACCCUAAUCUUGAAGUUUGCAUUGGCACAUCUGCUUUGGCAAAGUUAUUGCAACUCUGAUGUAAUCAAUUGAUCAAUCUAUUUAAGUACUACAGAUGACAAAACUGCACUCCUGCCAUCAUACUACAGGAAAUAAUGUUUGGAAUGUAAAUUGUUAAUUUGUUCAUAUGACUAAAAAGAGAAAAUUUAUUUUAAAAACUGGUUUAUAUCCAACUAAGUUGUUUCCAGGUUAGAGCUAUUAAAAUUAAAGCUAGCCAUAUCCAUUUAUUUCACUGGUCUACUCUGAGCAGAACUUACUUGGAAACAAUCCUGUAUUUUUAAACAAAAGGGCAGGACCCUUCUCCCAUAUAACUAUUUUAUUAACUGACAGUAUGUAAGUAUUUUCUAAAACAUACCUCCGAAUCUUUCCAGCAUAUUCUGUACUUCUCCCCUAUAAAAAUAUUCAUAUUUUUAAAUGACUUUUUUGCAUUAAAAGAACUAGUUUAUAUUUUUCAGAUAUUAUUUGUAAGUGGUAGCAAGCUGCAACAGAGACCAACAAUAAUUAACACUACUAAAAGCCUUGUGACAAAGGGAGGGGGGGAAAUCAGCACUGUGAAGGCGUGUAAUCUUUGGCGCAUCUAUGGGGGGGAAUGUAAACCACAACAGGAUGGAGACACUAAAUUAAAUUAUAUUGCCAAGAUUUUGCCCAUCAAGAAAUAUAUAAUCAACAAAGGGCAUAACCUUCUGUUUAUGACUCAGUAGUUUAAAACAUCUUAUGCUGAAAGCUGUCAUUUGUAAUUAUAAGCUUAAUGAGUCUGCUGAAAAUUCUGUCAGAGAUGCUAACGUUCCUAGGAUUCUUGGAAGCCAUGGCAGUUGAAACAUAUUUAAGACUGCAAUCCUAAACACAUUUAUUGUGGAAUAAUUCUCAUAGAAUUCAGUGCACCCAAUUUCUGAGUAUGUUUAGAAUUAUGCUGUAAAAUUGGUUUACAUUUAUAACAUGGUUUACAUGGGCUUCUAUUGCAUUAUGAGUUGAUCUAUUGGGGAUUUGAUGGUGGUUUGGAUGUGACUUAAUGUAUGAAGAACAGUGCAAUCCUUUCCAUGUCUACUCAGAAAUUCCACAACGUUCAUUGGGACUUGCUCCCUAGUAGUCUCUGUUAACUUCAGAACUCCGGUGCCUCUCUAUUCUGUAAUAAUUUUUGAGAAGAGGGCAACUGAAUUAUCCUUAAUUAAUUAAAGUGGGCUAGAUUCAAAGGUUCUCUUCCUCCAAUGGAAGAGGUUUCCUCCAACAGGGUAAGCACCUUAUAUCAGAGUAAGCUACUUACCAUACUUUUGGAAGAAGAGAAGCUUUGGAUCCACACCAGUAUCUAACCACUUCAGAUGUUGUAGGCGUACAAUUCCCAUUAUCCCUGACUAUUUGCCAUGCUGGCUGAGGCUGGUAGGACCUGGUCCAACAACAUCUAAAGGGCCACAGGUUAUCCAGCUCUGAUCUACAGCCAACAAAUUUUUAGUUACGUUCCUAUGUAAAGGUGUUGUGUUUUUUUAAAACAGAUCUAGAUUGUAGCCAGACUUAACAACGUAAAAGUAAUAUAUAUUUCUGGCUACAAUAAUCGUAACAAAGAGGCACUGGAAACAUAACUGAUACUUUAUAACUGUAAAAAAUUAUUUAACAUUACAUGGCAAAAAAUAAAUAUUAAACUAUUUACCCAACUUCAUCUUCAACUACAGGACGAGGAGUCAGUGAAGGUCUUUUUUUCCCAUGUUUAUCAAUUAUUGGAGUUUCAUCUUUAUGGGAGGGAAAUAGAAGGUGCAGUUUACCAAUUACUUGUAUCACAUUAAAAAGUUUUAAAUUCCAUAUACCACUUUUAAAUGAAAAUUCUUCAAAAAGCAAUUUACAAGUUACAUAAAAUAUCAUUUAAAACCAUAUAAAACACCACAAAAAUCUCAAAACAAUAUGUGAGAACUAAAAAUCAUGAGGACCAUCACUACCCCAGCAUAAUAUAAAAUUAUCAAAAUUAGGUGAAAAUACUAGUUUUGCACUCAGCUCAAAUUAACUGAUAAAGGCCACAGUAAAAAUGGCCUGUUUAAAACCUGGAAGGGAUGGGCUCUGUGUGAUGUCCCAUGAAAUGACCUUCCACAUCUGGGGGCCAUGAGCAAGAAUACCCUUGUCUGUCUGCCUGCCAAUCUUAUUUCCAUUAUAAAUAGGCACCUAAGUAGAGCUUCAGAGGCAGAUCUUUAGGUACAAGCAAGUUGCUAUGGAUCCAAGCAGAUCUCAGGCUUUGUUUCUUUACUAGUAUUCCAAGAUCCACCAACCAGAGCUUGGUGCAAAGACAUAUACUGAAAAGGGAGACAGCAAUGCUUCUGAAUACCAGUUGCUGGAAAUCACAGGAUGGGAGAGUGCUCUUGAGCUCAAGUCCUGCUUGCAAGUUACCCACAGGCAUCUAAGUUGGCCACCGGAGAGAAUACAGUGCUGGACUAAAUGGACCAUUGACCUGAUCUGGCAGGCUAUUCUUAUGUUCAUCUGCAUUCAGGAAUUUGUUUUGAGUACCAGAAAUUAACCAAAUUCAUGGUGCUUCCCCACAAAGAAUACCCUCCUUGUUAACCCCUGCCUAAAGCACAUCAAGUGAAAGUAGAUAAAUAGGUACCACUCUGGCGGGAAGGUAAACGGCAUUUCCGUGCGCUGCUCUAGUUUGCCAGAAGCAGCUUAGUCAUGCUGGCCACAUGUCCCAGACGCUGUGUGUGGACAAACACCGGCUCCCUCGUCCACGACUGGACCUAACGGUCAGGGGUACCUUUACCUUUUUACACACACUUUCUUCAUUUCAACAGUAUAUUGGAGUGGGGGGGGGAGUUCUCAGUUUGUUGUUCGUUUAAUUUUAUUAUUACAUUUAUAUGUAGCUUUUUUCCAAUGACCUCAAAUCGUUUUCCCAAUUACCAUUUUAACUUUACAACAACUCUGUUAGGCUGAAAGACUUGCCCAAGGCCUCCCAAGUGAGGUUGGUGGCUGAACCCUUGUCUCUGAGGUCCUAAUCCAAUAUGCUAACCAUUAAACAAUUGGGAAUCAGAAAUUCUUAUCAAUCAUCGAGAUCUGCCAGUAGAUCCUGAUCUACCUUUUUCCCAUUCUAGUUUUAGGCAACCCUACCUAAGCCAUUCAGAGUUUUUUAAGCUCAACACCAGCACUUUAAAUCGGCCCUAGGAUUGCACUGGAAAUCAGAGCAACUGGUACAAAAGUGUAAUAUGCUCUGAAUGCUUGGCUCCAACAAAGAGCUGAGAAGCUACAUUAUGUUCCAUUCUCUAUGACUGCUGAGAAUGCCAGACUAUCUCCUCCCAAUCCCUCAAGUGGAAUCCACUUUCAAGAAAGAACUUCACCUGCUGAAUGAAGCAGCAGGUUUGAAUCCUUCUCUGCCAAUUGCAUGGUCACCUAAUGAGGAGUAAACUUCUUCCAUUACACAAAGAAAUUUGCUUUUGCGAAGACAGCCUUAGGCAAAUGCCAAAAGUCAGGUUAUUCAGCAGUCCUAUUUGAUAGAAGCUGGGGGGUGCCCCCCUUAUACUAUUGUGAGAAAAAGGAUGACUUAUCCUAUUUGUAUUAGGAGUGCAACAAAACAAAAUGCGUGUAACAUUUUGUACUGAUUACUACACCUUCUCUAACAUCCUCUUCAGAGCCACUCAGAUGUUUUUUUGUAUGUUCUUCAAAGUCGUAGGCAUGAACAAUUGGAUCUUCCUGUGCCAAUUUAGCAGCUUUUGCUGCAGAUUUUCUUCCUGAUGGUGCCAUAAUCAGAAUAACUGCCAUAAAAUAUAUUUUUUUGUUUAAUUCACCACAUAAAACACAGUAUGAAUUUAAUAUAGGGAAAAUAAGAUACUAAGAUACUACGGUAUUUUAUCUUGUAUCUGCUAUUGAGAAGUCAGAAUUCAAUACGUCUGCAGAAUAUUUUUACAAAGCUGUCACACAUUUUGAAGUUAAACCUCAUUUGUCUACGUAAGCUACAGUGAAUAAUUAUUGUAAAACGUCUCCAUUAAUAAUUUUUGAAUGAGCUAUUAAAGUUUAAAAUAAUUCUGCUAGACCAGCUGUGCUAUAUGAAGUUCUUUGGCUCCCAAUUUGUUUCUAGGCCCAAUUCAAAUAACUUGUUUUUACAUUUAAAUCACAUAUGUUGUGGAAUCAGGAUAUCUAAGUGGUCAUCUCCUCUUACAUUUUUACAGCAUGGGUCUGAUCCAGUCCCCCCAAACAAAUUACCGGUAUUCUGAACCCCAACCCCAAGCUCCCACUAGUUUUGGCAGAGGCAGGAGAAAGGAAACUAAAGCAGAUAGUGCUGGGGUGGGUGGAACUGAACGCCUUGAUGGGGACGUAAAUCAUCUUCUCCCUGAUCAUUUGAUGAAUGCAGAUGUGACCCCCUCCCCCUCAGUUGACCUGCACAGACCAGCUGGGGAGGGGAGACAGCUUGUUCAUUGUCUCCCUGUAUGUGUGAGAAUGUGAAAGUGCAAGAUGGCCACACAUAUUGCUGACAUGCAUCCCCCAGGGGGUUGGCCAAGGGCAAAUGUGACCCUUGAGCCUGAAAAUGUCACACACACACACACACACACACACACACACACAAAAACCCCGUUCUAGAGGAAGCCUUUCUCCAUGUUUCAACAUCAUUUGAGGUGUGACUCACUGUUAGAUCUAUUAUGUAUUUGUUGAAUUCUAAGAUUUUGUACAUGGUUUCUAACCAAUUAUUACUUGUACCAAGUUCAAGGUGUGGUUGGGCUACUGGAGAAAGAAAACCCCAGUUAAAGAUAAACAAUUAGGGAUUCAAUAAUCUAAGAAUACUACUGUCGUUGGACAGCAUACUGCUUGUCCCCCUUCCCGUUCCUCCCCCUUCCAUUUUGGAACACCUUGUUCUAGCUCCCAAUAGUACAAUCUGCUUUGUACAAUGACGCUUACACACCUGGGUGUGUUUUAGAACUGCAGCCUCAAAGGCUGCUUCAUUCAGCCACAAGAGGACAACCAACAACCUCUUUCUGCUUUUCUUCACUUACCAAACUUUUCUGCUCCACCUUCCCUUCAAGCCCAAGGCUUUUUGUUUAUUCAAAGUGCAUGCAUGGCACAUAGGGUUCUCCUCCCACUCUACCCCCCCCCCCCGCAGUCACAACAGCCCUGCAACCCCGCCCCCAACCAAACUCACUGCAAUCAACCGAAGGCAACCAACCUUCAGGGUUAUUGUUUUUAUUUUGAUUAUAUAUUCUGUGGUUUUAUAUUUUGAUUUUGUUCUGUGAACCGCCCUGAGACCUCCGGGUAAAAGGUAAAGGUAAAGGGACCCCUGAACAUUAGGUCCAGUCGUGGCCGACUCUGGGGUUGCGGCGCUCAUCUCACUUUAUUGGCCGAGGGAGCCAGCGUACAGCUUCCGGGUCAUGUGGCCAGCAUGACUAAGCCACUUCUGGCGAACCAGAGCAGCACACGGAAACGCCGUUUACCUUCCCGCCGGAGCGGUACCUAUUUAUCUACUUGCACUUUGACGUGCUUUUGAACUGCUAGGUUGGCAGGAGCGGGGACAGAGCAGCAGGAGCUCACCCCGUCGCGGGGAUUCGAACUGCCGACCUUCUGAUCGACAAGUCCUAGGCUCUGUGAUUUAACCCACAGCACCACCCGCGACCUCCGGGUACAGGGCAGUAUAUCAAUCAAUCAAUCAAUCAAUCAAUCAAAUGAAUGAAUAAAACCAUGCCCUAGGCUCUCCAAUCUCUCUCACCACCAACAAAUGGAUAGGUGGAGAACCUGUCCAUGUGACGCUGACACAAAAAACCCCACUAUACAAAAGAAGGAAAUCUGCCCCUCAACCUCACAAUGCCUAUGAUAGCCAUGUCUCACACAAAAUGUAACUGACUCUAUGAACUGAAAACACCAAAUGUAACUGACCUGCAGAUAAGUCUCCAUGAACUGAAAACAGAGACGUUAUACAUACACCUUUGUUAUCCACGGAAAUCUUUAAAUAAAGACAAACCAUCCAACCAACCAGUCCUAUUAUUUAUUUAUAUACUGCCCUAUACCCAGGGGUCUCAGGGCGGUUCACAGAAUAAAAUCAAUAUAUAAAACCACAAAAUACUUAAUAAAAAUAAAAACUGCAACCCAAUACCCCCACACACAAACAUUUUAAAAGGGCACAGGAUGUCAUUAAGAUCAACCAAAGGCCUGGUUAAAAAGGAACGUUUUUGGCUGGCGCCUAAAGGUGUACAAUGAAGGUGCCAGGCGAACUUCCCUGGGGAGAGACCUAUGAGGUGGGGCGGGGGGGGAGUGGCUCAAAAUCACCCCUCCCCGUUAGUUUCAUGGUUGGGGGCGGUAAUUCGAACCGCGGCCUCUCUUCACCCCCAGCCUGGCGCUCUAACAACUAAACCAGCCGCGUGACUUGAUCGCCCUCCCUCAAGGCCGUCCCGUUUCCCGCCUAAAUUACCUCAGGUUCCCGCCUUUUGGUUCUGCCAUUGCCUCCCCCCCACCGUCCCCUUUAGCCAAACCUCCAGAAGUUCCCUUUCCGCCAAUUUCCCCUUCAGUAGCAUUUCCUACUUUCCUAAACCGCCGCUCCACCCCCCCGCCCUUUCUUUCUCCUCACUCCCUGAAAGAGGGAGAGAGAGGGAAAGGUGAGGCGGCGGCGAGAAACACGACAGGGCCGGGCCGGGCCCAAAGAAAGUUCUAUGCAGUUAAUAAGCAUCGCGUCUUAUGGAACCUGCGCCAGACCUAAAGAAAAGUCGCCAGGCGCCUUCGCUCCUUGCCUCGCGUCUGCACGCGCGAAUGCAAAAAAACCCCAAGCGGAUUAAACUUCAGGCGGCGGGAAAGGGGUUGGGGGGGUAUCACAGUACACGCUUUCAAACAAAACAUGCCACAUUUCCCUAGCAAUAGUAAUAAUAACAAACCAGCACAGAAGCAGAAACGUUCUAACCCCGCUAGGCCGGUUUUCUGUUUGCAGGGAAGUUUUUUAUGAAGGGGGGAAACUUCCAAAAGAUCCCGUCGCCCCCCGUGCAGUCUGAAGUGGUGCAGUCCAUUCUUUCUCUUCCAGCAGAUCGGCUGCGCCUGCCGCCUCAGGAAGCUGUAUCCGACUUUUUUUUUAUUUAAAGAAGAGCCAAUGGUAGUGCUGCACACCUUCUGAGGCAAAAUAAAUAAAUAUUUUUUAAAGGUUGCACUCGAUUUUUUCCCCUCUAAACAAAAUACCGCAAGUCCGUCUCUCACUUCUCCCCAUUGGUAACAAUUAGUUAAAUAACGAUUUCCUGCCAUAUCAUGACCCACACAAUUACUUGCCUCAGGUAGCAGCCGCCUCACUCAGCCUAAUGGGAGGGGCAGUCCUUUUCUCAGAAGGAAACUCGCAAUUUUAUUUUUAGGAGAGUCUCUAUUCUCUUUCCCUUUUUCCAAUCCCAUGGUCAGCCCACUAGAAACAUUUGUCGUAUUAAAAACAUGGGCGUAGCAGCUGUCCCCCAUCAAGAAAAUAAAGAAAAAUACUUAACUGACCAAUUGCAUCACAGAAAACUCGGUUCUGCCCUCCUAACAUAAAGCCUCCCCCACCCGCCCAAUAAAUUCUGGCUAUGCCCGUAUAUAAAAAAUUAAGGGUUUUCAACAGGAAGCUACCAGAGAUACUGAUUGGAAAUGAAGCAGUGUAACCACCCCACAAUAGUUGCAGGUGCUAACAGUAUUGAGAAGGCAAAAUGCAACUGUGUCAAAAGUAUCGUGAGCACCAAUCAACAUGAAUGUGACAUGAAAAAGAGAUCUGAAGGGACCCAAAUGUUCUGACUUAAUUUUUUGUUCUACUUUUGUUGUGCGUUAGUCCAUUCAGAUAUCAACGAGGUGGUAGCAUUGGGGAAGCAGCACGGGGUGGGGGGGGGAGGGAACUAAAGCAGAAGAAACCCAGCAAUGCACUUUUAUUAAAGUGCCAAAAACAUGUGCAUAAUACUGGAUCAGUCUGGAGGGGCCCAGAGAUGAGAGCAGGGUGGGGACCAACACACUGUCCAGGCUUGCACGUUUGGCGCUGCCAAUGCAGCAGUUUGACUUCGCCCCCAGAGAUGCACAACAUUGUCUUUCAAGAAAGUUGGGUGCCAACAACAAAAGGAGCCGCCUUGUAGCACUACAGACUGCCAUUUUUUUAUGAUUAAGAAAAAACAACAACCCUCACUGCAAGUAAAAAUACUAUUCAAUCAGGAGAAAGCUUCCAGCAGUCUGCUUCUUAUAAACCCCCAUCUACACAAUGGUACAAUCCAUCCUACUACUUAACUCUCAUUGUGUAAACGAUCCUUUUCACACUUCUUCUCCAAUUCUUUACCAAACAUGUGGACUGGAUUGCACCUGCUAAUCCUGUUCCCAACCUCUGUGCAUUCUGAGCAUAAAUACUCUUUCACAUCUUCUGCUGAAUGCGCAAGUCAGGAUCUGUGGGUAGAAUCCUGUGCUCCUUUCCAAAUGGUCAAUGCAUACACUCAGGAAAGGUGUGAAAGGGACUCACGCUGCAAGUACAACUGCUUGAGCCAACACAAGGUGAAAGGUGGGAGAAAAUGGGCAGAAAAUGGGACAGACCACCAUAAAUUCAUUGGAAGAUUGCUCCAGUUUAUAUAAUAAAAUUGUACAUUCCAUAGCUGUACUCUCUUCUAGCCUUGCUACUUUCCCAUUCCUGGUCCCCCACUGAUGCUGUCCUUUCUUCUUCUUUUAAAGCAGUCAGGUGUGCAUCUGUGUGUACCAUUUAGUUUAGCUCUCUAUGUACAGUUGAACUUGUACCCAGUCUAGAAUUUCUUUACUUGCCAACCCUAAAUAUUGGACCAAUGAGCUGCUUGACAGAGUAACUGUAUUUACCAAAGUCAAGUUUGAUUUCGGUUUGGACACAAACUAGUUAGCAUUAAUCAUGGUCUUCCUAAUUUGGAGGUCACUACACACUAUAGUAGACACAAACCAGGGACAAUGUUGUCAUCAGCAGAACUCAGUGGACACAUAACAACAUAGUUCAGUGUUGUGAGUAGAGCCACAAUGCAAUUGCUGCUUUAAAGUUUAUUGUGAAAUGAAGCUUUGCUUUUUAAGACAGGCAAAACAAGUAGCAUUUUAAAGAAGUUGAACUAGAUUUAUUUAUUUAAAAAUUAGGUGUAUGCACUUGAUAAAGAAUAAGGUGCCUUUUUGAUUUAAAAAUACUUAACCAUUUUUCAGAGCAUUAAAUACUUGAUCAUUUUUCUUGACACACACACAAUAUAACAUUUUUAAAUCAAAAACAUCUGUUAAAAAAAGCAUAUAUUUUACAGCACAUGUACAUUGAAAAUCCCCCAUCUUCAUGAUAAAAUAAUUACUGAGGUGAUUAUAGUCCUGAAAAGUUGUUAAUAUCAUGAUUAAAGACAUUUCUUUUAAAAGAAUCUGUUUGGGACAAAAAUCCCUUUCCUUUUCCUGGUCUGAGAUUUGUUUUGACAUAAUAGGGGAGAUCACUAGACUACUAUAUGUCCAAAUUUUUGAAAAUGAAUGCUUGAUAUGAAAAAUGGCUGAGUGUCAUGCUCUUAGUUAUACCGUUAAAACAAUACAAAGUAUUGAAAACUUAUAUGGAGAGGCACUUUUGCUGCUAAAUAUACACUGCUUGUACACAUAAUGCAGCCAAGCCCCUUUUGUUUAUAGCCCUAAUUUUUUUAAUUAGGCGUACAAUUCUUACUAGUGUUUCUAGAAACUGAAUGGAGUAGAUUGAGCUGCAGUUUACAUUUUGAUCAAUAAAGACAUUAUACAAAGAAAAGAAUCAAAUGUAUUUAAAUACCAUUUUUUCAUAGUCUAGCAGCAGAACAAUAUAGCAAAUAGGACUUCACCAUUCUAAUCCUUCAUUCUAUAGAUGAAUCCGCCUUAUAUUUAAACUAGAUACUUUACAAAUUGAAGAGGGUACAUUAAAGGGGGCGGGGCACAGACACAAAGGCUACUAUCCUGUUCCUUUGCACAUGAAUAAAUGGAUGCACAGCUGCUCAAAAGAUCUACGUUAGGACUAUCCUCACAUCAAGCUGCUGCUAUUCCAAUCAGGGAUUUCUCUUAACAGGGAUACCUGGACUUUACUAGAAACCCCCAGAAGCUCAUUCUCUCUUACGCUUUCCGUGUGGAGCUCUCGUCCUGCUCUUUCAAAGUAGCCUAUUGGUCAGGAGCCUAAGCAACAACAAACAUGGUAAACCCUAUGGAUAAUGGACUGGCUACCAUGGGGAAUAUAUAACAUAACAAGGCCUGAGAAACUGUGUAGGUGGCAGUUACAAUGGAGUGUUGUGGGAGUCAGUUCAUAUCCUGCCCUCCAUGUACUCAAGAGGCAAGUUUAUAGCUGUGCUUUACUGUGCAAAACAUAGAGGGAAAGGUUUACUGACUGAACGGCCAAUGGCACAUCAAAUGCCUUGGGAUGCAAGCUCAGGAACACAUCUAACAGAAGAUUCUAUAUCCAACAUUAUUAUUUAGUUGGCAAAGGCUACUGCAACAAAUGCAGCUAUGUUUCUUUCAGUAACCCUUUUUAUAAAAAAGGAUAAUGCACUCCGGAAAUUAUGUUUGUGAAUUGCAACCAUCUGAGAGCUGGCAACACAACCCUUCCUCCCACUGUCUGUAAGAGCACAUUCCUAAAACAUCCCCUCUUAUGCUGAUAGCUGGGCAAUAGUUAGGAUGGUGAAUAUUUGCCUCUCUGCCAAGCCUGCACUGGUCCCAGCUUCAGCCAAGUACAUGGAAAGCUACUACCAGCAGCUUCCCCGCACUGGCCGUAGCAAGUGCUAAAGUCACAAAAUAGGGUUGGGCACUGGUGGCUUUGGGUCUUCUGGAUCCAGAACCUCACCGAUCCUCCUAGGGGCCCAAUUCUCUGGCUGUUCAGUAGCAUAGGUGUCAUACACAGAGCCACAAAAGCUGUAAUGGAUGGUGACACUUCUGUUCAUGCCCGGCACACAACUAUCAAGACACUUCUGAGACAAAACAUUGUACAUGCUCAUCACAUGUUGAGGUAGACUGAUUUACAACAGAAGUCUUCUAGACCUUCAUUCUUUCAGGGCAAACUUCUUUUUGAAUCCUUCUCCUUGGAAAGAACUUUCGUUUGAAGGCUAUUAACUGAAAAAUUAAAGAACACUUGUGUGUGCACGCAAAUGAAUACUUGGCAAAAUCAAAACAAUCACAUGGUUCUUUUCCAUUCCCCUCCUUCCCAUGAUGCCUCUGCCUGGCACAGCUAUUUCCAUGGCGGACUAUUUCACCUCUGGAGAUCAGAACAGACUUCACAACAUAAUGCAUCUUGUGGGGACCAACUGGGGAGCAUAUGUUUACACAUAAAUGCCUCAGUAACAUGCAUGUUCAAGAGUGGCUCCUGUAUACAUUUCCUCACUUGAUCCAGGAGUUUAUGUGCAUCUCACACCAAUUUGCUGGCAACAGCACUUAUCUGGAGAAAGGGAAGAUUCGAGGAACAGAAGACUGGAUUCAAUCCUCCUUAUACACCCCUCCAGAAUAGAUAUUUGGUAUUAUUGAGAAUGUGAUGUGUAUCUUUAUUCCUGGACCCAGCUUUUUAGCCAGAUUAACUCCCACACCUGUUUAUGCACAUUGUUCCUUAAAUGCCCCCCCUAUGCAAAGAAGACCUGAUCUUAGUUGAACUGAAGCAGCAGAAACUGACUCCAGCUAUACAGAUGUAAGGAAUGCCAACUGGACUAACAUCUACUGAAUGCUUUUGUUCUUAUGAAUGUAGUCUCAGUGUCUCUCACUGAAUCAGAGUUGGAUGGAGUGUUUUAAGCCAUCCAGUCAACUCUCUGCUCUCUCUCCACUGCUACCUUUUCCACCAUUGCUGCUCCACAACCUUUGCUGAACUCGUUUUAUGUGACAUGCAGCGGCUGGUGCAAACAGGCUAAAACAGUAACCCUGGCUUAAUAUAUUUUACAAAACCCUUUACUGGGACUUUUCGUGAUAUGGUUUAGCAAGAGUGAUAUCCUAAGAAAGUUUAAUAUUUGCAUAAAAUUAUAUCUUUUACCUGCUCAGCAAAAAACGAGGUGACAGUGAACACAAUCAAUGUCACUAACACACAAUGCGUCCAGAACUUCAGCUUGUCUCUGUAGGCCCUCCUAAACACAGCAUUUUUAAAAGAACAAAAUAGUACUAAAUAUCUAUAUAUUCCUAGAAACAUAACAUUUAUUUUAAAAUAUUUAUGUGCCACUUUUCCAGGAAAAGCCUAUUCAAAGCAUUUUAGAAGCAACAAAAACUACAAGAAUAAAAAAAUCAAUUAUUACCAAGACCAAGAAUAAAUCAGACUCAAAAAGUUAAAAACAAAUUCAGAACUCCAGUAGCAUAAUAAAAAUCCAGCUUUCUCUGGUGACCAGAACAAAAUACUGCUCAGGGAAGGUAAAUGAAAACAAGAGUAUAAGGCCUGACUGAAAGCCUGAAAUGUAGCUGCUUGCCACAACUCUCCUGUGAGAGAGUUUCAAAAGUGUGGAGCCACCACAGAAAAGACCACCUCUUUUUCUCUUAUGGUUCUCUAUUUCAUAGACCUUGGAGGUAGCCUCCAGCUGAGAUAUCAGUGUGUGGACAGGAUAAUAUAAGUGCAGGGGGUCCAUCAGCUAGCUCAGGCCUGAACCAUUUAAGGCUUUUAAGGUUUAGACCAGCACUUUAAAUUGAGACCAGAUACUCACCGGGACCUGGGAACACACUGAUAUAAUGUAGGUGCUGUUAAAGCAGAUUGCCAAACACCAAUCAGGAAUCUGGUGGCCACAUUUUGAACCAGCUGAACGGUACCCUGAAGAUCGCAUCCCCAGUAUGCUCAUUUCAAGGGUUCUGAAACACUUACCAUUCCUGAAGCUCCCGGGUGUGAAGAAAACGAUUCCGAUACUCUCUGGGCAGCUCAAAUUGGGAUGGUAUGGGAAACAUUGAUUCAUAGAAAUCCCUAAGCACUGCCUUUACUGUCUGAGCAUCCUUAUGAUUGUGAUCAAUGUUGUCGUUGAGGCAAACAAAUUUUCUGAGAGGAAAGAAAAAUCAAGAAAACCAACGUUCUUAUUGGUUGGGACAAGUAGUAAGCUGUUAUCCGCAAACGACACACUCCCAUAUCUCAAUUUGUUUUCUAAAAACCUUCAUUAGCCUGGCUCUCUACUCUGAAAGAGUAGAAAUACUGUGAAAGAACAUUUCAGAGUAUUUAUUGUACAUAAUAAUGGAUCAUAAAAUAGCAGCAGUUUUGUGUAGAAAUAUAUGAUUCCUACAAAAGCAAUCCUUCUAUAUAGUUGCAAGAUCAAUUCAAGGUGUUUGAGGGCCUAAUAUUAUAAGAAAAAUUGUUUCAUUGUAUUAGGUUUCUAGGGAUUCUUAGGCAUCACAUUAAAAGUAGUUAAUAGUUUACCAAAACAGAGUCAAUCAUGUCUACUUUGCUUCUUCCCACUCUUGCUGCGAGAAACAAACCAUGGUCUCUAGCUUUAGCAUUAUGUCCAAACCACUGACUAUUGUUUGCUUUGUUCAAGCAAACCACAAUUAGUAAACAUUUUACCUCAAAUCUGAAUGAGAACUGCAUACCUGGGAUUUUUUCGUAUGUCAUCCAGCUGUCCGACUACAUGAGAAACAUUGGUGCGGAUCAUUUUGAAGGCAACUUCCUCCUCUCCCAUGAUUUCAAACCUUGGCGUUAUAUAGGAAAACAUAACAGUAAGUGUGAACGAAGGAUUUACAACCAUGGUGUCCCUUGUGUUAAAAGGAAUUUUUAUUGUAUAAAUGGGUAGCCCCGUGCCCAUAUUGGUUUUUAUCAUUUUUCUAUAUUUACUCAUACAAGAAAACAGAGCCUGAUGACUAUAGGACUCCUGUAAAAACGUAUGUUCCGCAUUUAAAAAAACCAACACUAUUAAUUCUCAUUUAUGGUUUGGGGAUGAUGCUUUCUAAUGUGAGUAGUCCUUUCUAUACACCACCCCUAGUGUCCAUCUGGGAUCCAUGCUGGCAUGGAGGGCAUUACAAGAUGGGGAGGUCUGUGUCCCCACCCAGCCCCAGACCAAGGAGGCAGAGGCACAGACUUACAAAUCCCCCAGAAUGCCUUGGAGCACUGCACAUGUGCGGAAGGAGAAGACAAAACAGGAGAGCACUCUGGGGAUACAUCCUUGUAUAGGCAGCGCAACACUGCUUGGAAGGAUUGUUCCCCUUGUGCAGGGACACAAGCCUAAAAGUGCCCCAAAGGGAUCACAAUCAUACCUGAAGACACAGCAUAAAGCAUAUUAGAAAAUGAUGCAAUUUGUGUCUGCCUAGCCGCUGAAGUCAGCCAAAACACGUUGAGAAACUACCUAUUAAAAUUUAAUUGCACUUUAUUGGCCUUGCCUCGAGCACUUUUUCCUAUUACAGGUGCAACCUCCCUCCCAUUUCCUGUUAGCUCUAUUAAGCAUGCAAUUCCCUCUUCUCUUGGGCUUACUGCAUGACUCAACCCAACAGGUAAGAGAUGCCACCAGGUGUGUACAGUGGCUUGCUUGAGGAUAAUUCAGCAUGACUUUCAAGAUCAACCAUGGAUAAAUAAUCAUUUAUAAUUAAUCACAUUUUAAACAGAAAGCACUUUUACUUCCAUCAUGUCAUGCUGCACUUACCAAGGAGCCUUUAAAUAAACACAUACAAUUCAUUCUAUAGGUCAGGAGUAGGGAACCUCUGGCUCUGCAGACAAGGCUGGACUACAAUUCCCAUCAUCCCUAUUGGCCAUUGCUGGCUGACACUUAUGGGAGUUGGAGUCCAACAAUAUCUGGAGGGUCACGGGUUCUCCACCCUUAGGUGUUUCUAUAUGUGUGUCACAACUGAAGUAAAAUAAUACUGGAUACCUGUAUUUGUUUUUGUCCUUAUAUGUUUUAUGAAUUCUGUCAGUCACAAGCUUGCAGUUGGUUAGCAGAUUUUUUGUCACUGGGGGCUGAAAACGGGGCAAACAAUCAAUUAAUUGGUUUGUUAUUUAUGCAUAUUGUUUUUCUGUAUUUUACAUGGAAUCAUGAUGUAGCAAACUCCCAGCUAGUUGUUUGUUUUCCUUAUUUUUAAAAAAUGUAAUUUUUUUGCUGCUGAGCAGCAAAACUUCUUAGGAUUAAAACUGAUGAUAUGGAAAACAAAUAACUUUUUGUAUUUCAUAAGUAACAAGACAUUUAAUCCAGUAUUCUGCAGGGAGGCAGAAAAAUGCUACGGUGCAAGCCAAUCAAUGUCAACCAGGAAACUACUCCAAGUGAGAUCUGAACAGCUGGUAUAUAUUAGUCUUAUGAUUCCUAAUCCAGUCACAAGCACUUCUGAGAAACAACUCUCCUAUUCUCAAGGGAAGCCUUUUAAAGGUUUAGCCUUGUUCUUGGAAAUCCAACAACUGAAACAUUUCAAAAAUAACUUCAGUCAUGAUGUUAGAAACAAAAGAUAUUAAUUAUGAUGCUAUAUUUAGUAGAUAUUUAUUUAAGGAGAUAAAAUGGCAGAUUGUGAGAAGCGUUUAUCAAGGGCAUUAAGACACAGUAAGAAGGGGGAGGAUACAGAAAAAACAUAACAGAAUUGAGCUUAUUUAAUAAGAAAGGUUCUUACUUUAUCAUAACCAAGCUGUUAUGUAGUUAAAAUAAACUUCAUGCUUAGUUUGUCCCUCCAUUCCCAUCCCCUCCUCUGUUGCAUCUCUCAUGUCAAAUUUUAUACUGUGAACUCCUUGGGGCAGGGACCUGCCCUCCUGUGUUUUGUAAACUGCUAUGCAGGAACAGCAACAAAAACAAUAAUCAUGAUGGAAAAUUCUGAGCAAAUUAGGCUGCAGUCCUAUGCAGACUCACCCAGGGGCUGUAGCAGAUGGUGUGCUGGACUGCAAGGCUCACCUGACGUCUUUCUGGCUGGGUCACUGCUGCAUAUAGUGACUAAGAGGAGGAGGUGGCAGCAGCAAGGUUGGCAUGGUGCAAAUGCAUUGGUGGAGCCAAUCCUGCUGGCAUAUUUGCAUCGCACCAACCUCACUGCUGCCUUACCCUUCCUGUUGGACAGCCAGAGGUCAGGUGAGCACUACAGUCCCACCACAAUACCUUCUGCUACUGCCUGAACAAUAUGGGGCUUAUUUUUGAGUAGACAUGCACAGGACUGUACUGUUAGCCUCCUAAAGGGUGCAAUGCUAAAUGGAGGGGGGGCAUUACUGAGAGGAGAUAUGAUAGCCAUCUUCAAAUAUCUUAAGAGCUGUCACAUGGAGGAGGGAGCAUGCUUGUUUUCUCCUGCUCUGGAGGGUAGGACUCGAACCAAUGGCUUCAAGUUGCAAGAAAGGAGAUUCCAACUAAACAUUUGGAAAAACUUUCUGACAGUAAGAGUUGUUCAGCAAUGGAACAGACUCCCACGAGAGGUUGUGGACUCUCCUUCCUUGGAGGUUGUUAAACAGAGGUUGGAUGGCCUUCUGUCAUGGAUGCUUUAGCUGAGAUUCCUGCAUUGCAGGGGGUUGGGCUAGAUGAUCCUCAGGGUCCCUUCCAACUCCAAUAUUCUAUGAUUCCAAUAAUUCAAAACCGUAAGCAUUUAGAACAACUAAACAUGUAAAAAGAUAAUAAUUAAUUUCACAGUUGCCAUGGCCAGUUUCCAUUAGCCAUCAAAUUUUUGGGUAAACAGGAGUCUUUUUAAAUUUCUCCUGAAAGUCAAUGAUGAGGGAGGUGGACGCACAUCACGAGGAAGGGCAUUCUAUAAAUGGGGAACCACCGAGAAGGCCCUGUCAUGGAUCAAGGCUAACUGGGAAGCAACCAGAGGCAGCACCACCGACAAGGCCUUCCCUUCUGAUCGUAGGACCUGUGAUGAGUGAUACUGGGAGAGGUGCUUCUUUAGGUACCUGGCUCCCAAAUAAUUUCUCCAGGUGGUUUAGUGUUUCUUUUAUCCUUGAAUUACAGCUGUUCUGUGUUAAAGGACUAGGUGUUUUUCAAAUUUAGGGGGCAUUCAGCAGAAGCUCUUGGCACUCUAUUGCGGAGGGAGGGAGGUUUGCUCUUAAAUCACAAAAUCAGUGGACAAGCUCAAGUUGUGCGUAUGUCUGAAGCAGGAAGAUUUGCUCACAAAAGAAAUUAACGGGGAGCAAGACAUCUCACAUUACUGAAUGCAGGGAUUUAAACGGUGGUUUUGUGACCAUCUGAAAUUAUACCACAUAUUUUGAAAGCUGUUUUUUGAAAUGCCAGUCUGCACCAAUUGGAGAGGGAGAAGAAAGUAUGUUUGCAACAGUUCCUUACCAGAUUGGGGUCAUAAUAUGCCUCCUGAGUUGGUGGUAUGUUGUGAAUCCGAGUGAUAUUGAAUGGAAGGGAUUUAGAACAAUUUAUUAGCAUUUGCUCCAGACCUGUCAAAUCCUAGCAAGGGGGAAAAAAGAAAAGAAGGUUUUGCAUUUUCUUUCUCUGCAUGGAUGAGCUUUACUGCACACCUACACACAACCAUGACUUUUGCUUAUGAAAGUCUAUUUCACUACAUCAGCGAGCCUGGGCUCUUCUUCAGACUGCAGGUGGGAGCUCAUACAUUCCCUCAAACAAUGAUUUUAAAAGUCACUCGUACAGGAAUGAGAUAUCCGGGAGAAGGCUAGGGUACAAACUUUCUCCCCGACAUCUAGGUGGUUUUAAAAGAGGAUUAGACAAGUUCACGGAGGAUACAGCUAUCUAUAGCUACUUGUCAUGAUGACGAUAUACCACCUCGAGGAUUAGAGGCACGAUGCCAGUGAAUAAAGGUAAAGGGACCCCUGACCAUUAGGUCCAGUCGUGGCCGACUCUGGGGUUGUGGCGCUCAUCUUGCUUUACUGGCCGAGGGAGCCGGCGUACAGCUUCCGGGUCAUGUGGCCAGCAUGACUAAGCUGCUUCUGGCGAACCAGAGCAGCGCACGGAAACGCCGUUUACCUUCCCGCCGGAGCGGUACCUAUUUAUCUACUUGCACUUUGACGUGCUUUUGAACUGCUAGGUUGGUAGGAGCAGGGACCGAGCAACGGGAGCUCACCCCAUUGCGGGGAUUCGAACCGCUGACCUUCUGAUCGGCAAGUCCUAGGCUCUGUGGUUUAACCCACAGCGCCACCCGCGUCCCUUACGCCAGUGAAUACCAGCUGCUAAAGAGCAGGUGAGAGCAGGUAAGCCCUGUUUGUGGGCUUACCAUAAGCACCUCUGUGCAGAACUGAACUAGAUAGGCCUUUGGGCUGAUCCAGCAGGGCUCUUAUGUUCUUAUUUCACCAGAGGGAGGGCAGAGAGAAGAGAUUAUAAUGAAGAUGGAGCCAGAUUCUUUUCUUUGAGGCUAGGACUCAAAGUUACAAGAAAGGAGGUCCCAACUUAAACAUCAGGAAGGACUUUUUGAUGGUUUAGAGCUGUUCCAACAGUGGAACUGUCUCCCUUGGAAGGUGGUGGAUUCUCCUUCCUUGGAGGUUUUUAAGUAUAUGUUGGAUGGCCAUCUGUCAUGGAUGCUUUAGUUGAGAUUGCUGUAUUGCAGGGGGUUGGACUAGAUGACCCUCCGGUCCCUGCCAACUCUGCAAUUCUAAGUAUUUUGGAUGUUAUAAGCAGCUUUGACCAUGGUAUAUGAUAGAAAAGUGGCACACAAAUUCACAAUUUUUAUGAUCCUGGAAAAGGCCGUAGCUGGUUGGUACGCCGACUAGAAAUAUUCCACAAUGCAACAAUUUGUUGCUGCUCCGACCUGUAUUUUAUAAAAGAUUUAAGUGUAAUUCAUCAGAACAGGAGGAAGACAGGAAGUUUGCUUCCAAGUUUGGUGAGAUUCCCUAUCUUCACCAAUGCAUCAAAAUGUCCCUAUAAUCAUGUUCCAGUAAUAAGAACACUACACUUUCCCUUUAUAUUCUAAUGCAUUUCCUUAAUUUAAUCAAUUGCUUUUUGACAAAAUCUGAAUAAGUAGUAUUUAACCAAAUACAAACACAGAAAUGUUAAGAUGCCACUGAACAAACAACAUCUGUAACGUCUACUUUUCAUUAACUUUCCCUCCUCUGUACAGAAUUUCAUUGGGGUAUUUAAAAAAAAAUAUUACCUGCAAGCUUAGAGGGAGUUCAUGAAUUCUUGUGGCCAAUGUACGAAUCUCCCGGUCAGAUAAAAUCCCAGACCGAUCCGUAUCAACUUCAUCAAAAACCUGGGAAAUGUUCAGUGGCUGAACUGCACUCAUGAGAUAGUAGAAAUAUGAAAAGGCAAACUGCAUAUCUUCAGAGUGCCGUACUUUGUGGAAGGAGGUCUUGUCAAAUUCCGCAGGAAACCUGUCCAGAAACAUCGAAAAUCAACUGAAUUGGCUAUACAGAAAAUCUGAGUAACUUGUCCAUAUAAGUCAGCCACAGAAAGCCCUCCCAAGGUUCCUCACCCCAUAAGCCUCCUAAAAACAUUCAUUAGGGACUAGGACUACCAAGAGGCAUUCCCCAGCAGAUCUGGGGAUCUGGGCGUUAUCCAGUUAGUAUGGGAGGAGACACUCUUUCAGAUAGGCCAAUGUCAUUUAGAGCUUUAAAUGUUAUCAUAAGCAGCUUCAAUUGGACCUGGAAGACAACUGCCAACCUAUAGAAUUGUUUCAGAAGAGGGGUUGCAAGUGGACAACCAGCAGCACUCACUAACACCCUGGUCGCUGCAUUUCCCGCCAGUUGCAACCUCUGGACUGUUUUCAAGGGCAGCUGCAUGUAAAACACAUUGUAAGUCCAAUCUGGAAGUUAUCAUAGCUGUAGCCAUCCUACCCCUGUCUAGGGAAGACCAUAGUUGGCAAGUAAGUUGGAGCUGCGAAGAGGCUUCUAGUGACAAAGAUGGCUUCAGAAGCAUCCCCAGGUGAGAAACCUGAUCCUUUCAACAUGAAAGAUAAGCCAACAAAGGCAAGAAAGGGUGUGUGUGUGUGUGUGUGUGUGUGUGUGUGUGUGUAAUCCCUGCAUGCAAUGAUAAGGGAAAAAAAGGACAAAAAAAGGACAAAAAAAUCUCUCAAAACAAUGGCAGAUGAGGUGAACCUAUUUCAGGGCUGCACCACUGGAGACAGAGGAUGCGGAGCUCAUAGGAUGGAAAUCUUCACAAUAUAACCUCCCCCGACUUCAAUAUUUUCUAUAUAGAAAACAGGAAGAAGUCUGGGCCUAGUGAUUGUGUGUGUGUCCAGUGAUUGUGUGUGUUUGUGUGUUGCUAGUAUGGAGGAGUGUUUCACUGUGAGGGCCCUCACCUACAAUCUCAAGCGCUGCAGCCCAGAAACAGGUUAGCCUCUUCACUUACUGCUUGUGAGAAGAAGUAGCUCAUAUUUCUCCCUUAUUUCACUUAAUAAGAAAACCUAUUUUGGCAGAUCCAACUUGGGAUAUCUAUAUUUCAAAUGCAAGGGUUACUAUUUUCCUCUAUGUCAGACUUACAGAUCCUGCAGUUCUUGCAUGACUUUUCUGUCAAUCAUGUGAGGCAUAUGAGCAGGGACUUUGCGAGACGUGAAUCCGAAUUUGCUGUUUAAAAGCUUGUUCACGUAUCUGAGAGAAUCGGCAAAUGUGUCUUUCAGCUGCCUUCCAACCAGUUUACUAUCUGUGAAAUAAGCCAUUUCCCUCCUUAACGCUUCUUCUUCCUGGAAAGCAAGAAUGCAAAUCAUGCGUACAUUAGUCGCAAACAUGCCAAUAUUAAAACAAUACAAUUAAAACAUCUAAAAGCAAUCUCCUACUCUCAAAACUAAAAAAAUCAGGGUGGCCAGAGGUAGGUCUUACAGCCAUCAAAUACCUGGGUAAAGAGGAAUCAUAUUGUUGACCGGGGCUGGUUAUAGGGAGCCUAUGUUUUCCUUGCAAGGAGAGCUCCACCGGCUACCAGUCCGUUUCUCGGCACAGUUCAAAGCGCUGGUUAUGGCCUUUAAUUCCCUAUAUGGUUUAGGUCUAAGCUUACUGAAAGACCGUAUCUCCCCAUAUACACCUGCCUGUGUUCAGAGAUUUUCGGGGGAGGCCCUUCUCUAGGUCCUGCCAACCUCACAAACAUGCUUGGUGGGGAUAUGAGAGAGGGCCUUCUUGCUGGCUGCUCCCAGCUCCCUCCCUAGAGAAGUCGGACUAGCCACCCCUUUGUUGUCUUCCUGCUGGCAGGGGAAGGCCUUCUUGUUCCAACAGGGUUUUGGGAACUGACUGCUUUUUAAUCAAAGGGCCCACUGGCAUGCUGUUUUUAUUGUAACUACCUGUAUGUUUUUAACAGUGCCUUUAUAUUUAUAUACAGUUUUAAUUCUAUAACUGUUUGGUUUUUUAGGCAGGGUAUAAUAAAUAAUAGUAGUAGUAGUAGUAGUAGUAGUAGUACCAGCUGUAUAAAAGUGGUUUUAAAAGCAUUCCUUGAUCAAAUAAUUAGUUCUUCAAAGAUACUGAAGGCCUAACAUUAUACCUAGAUAGAAUGCAAACAACUUUCAAAGUGAGAGCUCUCACACUUCAAGACAUUAUUCCUUCAGGCAUCUGACUAAACCAUUAUUUUUAAAGACGGCUUUCAGCUUUAAGUUUGAUGAGUAUUUAAUGCUAUUCCCUUAUAAGGUUUUCUUACAGCAGUACAGUACUGGUUGUCGUGUGUGUGUGUGUGUGUGUGUGUGAGAGAGAGAGAGAGAGAGAGAGAGAGAGAGAGAGAGAAUUUGUACACUGUUGAUGUGGUUAAGAUGCUCACAUUGCCAGUUUCCUUGUCUCCAACUGGUCGACAGAAAGCAAGAUACAAGCUUCUUCAAUAUAGAAGAAAGUAAGUCACAAACACAAAAUAGCAUAUGAAAUCAAUAGGAAUAUUGACUUCAUUCACUAUAUCUGCAGUGGGAGGGGUUGGUAGGGAGUUGAGGCUCAGAAAGCAUAACUUGUCCAAAAGAUCACCAAAUGAAUUUAUGGCAAAGCAAGUUUCAGUUGACUUCUGCAUAAUCAGCUCAUUUUCUGAGCCACUGUGCUAUGCUAGCAUUUUAAAUAAACAUUUUUAUUUUAUUUUAAUCCUCCUUGCUUGACACUAUCCUACCCAUCUGAUAUACUCACAUCAAGAAGGUCUUGGAAGUAUUUCUGUUUCUCCCACGGCAAAAAGCCUCGGUAAUUUCCAGUGUAAUGCUGCAAUUUCCUUCGUGGUAAGCCUUGACUUUCGGCUACGUCCUCCAUGGCAUCCACCUCUUCCUUUUUUCUCCCUGCAGUUUUUCCUUCCCUCAUUUCUUUUGUCUUCUGAGCUUCUUUCUGUACAAGGACAUUUAGGAUUUUCUCUGGAGAUUCAAGUCGCUCACCCGUAUUCUGGGUUAAAGGUACAGAUUUAGAUUUUACCACAGAGCCGUGUCUUAGUGGGAAAUGGCUGUUCACCUUCAUAGCCACUGGAGUAGUAUUUGCUGGUUUGAACUCCAGUGGGAACGUAUCAUGCAUUCUUCUUUCUACAUCUCUUCUGCCAUCCCUGGCAUCUUGGUCAGGUUUCUGCCAAAUCGUGUGAUUCUUCCCAUUUUCCAAGCCGUCAACUACUUCCUUUCCCCUUAUCUUCUGGGAAUUGUUUAAUGCAGCCCUCGUUGUUGCUGGUACCAUCCCUAAGGAUUUCAGGAGAGCAGCCUUAGACAGAUUGUACCCUUUCUGUGUGAUGUCACCAAUAGCUAGCUGCAAAUCUAGGUUCUGUAGGGCCAGCCUCACAUCUUCCGGAAGAGCAGAAAUGUUAAGCAGUUGAAUUACUAUGUCCCCGUCCAGAUUCUCUGUUGUGCCAUUUGGGUGGCUUCUGAUUCUUGGGAAACGUUCUUCUUCAGGGAUAUCCUCAAAUAUCAUUUCAGCUUCUGGCACCAAAGUUGCAGCUUUUGCAUCACCUUCAGGCUUCUGGGUAGACGUUGUGUUUACUUUUGGCUCUUCUCUUGUAUCAACUUCCAGGGUGAUCUGCAUCUUGAACUCGUCAUCCUCUUUACCUUGAAAUGUAAGAUUGAAGUGGAUCACAGUUGCAUUCAUUCCACUGUGCAUUAUCAGGUGGAUGGUCUUCCAUUUGUUGGCGAUGGAAGCAUGGCGGAUUAUUGGGUUAUCACUAUAGGCGCCAUCAAGCCCUUUCUUAGCUAUUCCAGCAAAACUGAAAAAGGGCAAAUAUUCGCCUUUUGGAAUGACAUAAUGAGUCUGGUUCUUUUGAAGAGUCACUUUGUACAGCUCAUCAAAGUGAUCUGGAAAAACAUAAAUGUGUUUACUUAUAUGGCUUAUUUGCAUAUUGCUUUUAAAGAAAAUUUCUCCCUAAAGUGGUUUACAAAUCACAUAUCAAACACACAAUAAAAAUACAAUUUAAAACUACAUAAAACAUCACAUAAUCUCCAGAGAAUUAUUUGUAUCAUCUGCAUUUUCAUGCUGCCCUUCCUCCAAGGUGACCCUGCAAUGCUUGCAGUUAUUUAUUAUUAAAAUAAUUGUUAUUGAUUUUUUAACAUUAAGAACAACAAACAUCGCUUUUCCAAAAUAAAGAGUUGUAAAACACCAGAAUUGGAAUUACCAUAAUGCUAACGUACACAGUACUGUAACUCAUUUGGUGUCAAGCCAAUAUAACACUGAAAAUUAUAGAAGACUACAACAAACUAACCAAACUACAAAUAAUAUAUACUAAAUAAUGAUACACAUAAGAAAAUGAAACAAAACCAAAAUAUAGUGUAACAUCUUAAAAUAAAUAAUGGUUUGAGAUGUAUUGAAGGAAUAGAAAGAAUUACCGUAUUUUUCGCUCUAUAAGACACACCAGACCACAAGACGCACCUAGUUUUUGGAGGAGGAAAACAAGAAAAAAAAUAUUCUGAAUCUCAGAAGCCAGAACAGCAAGAGGGAUUGCUGCGCAGUGAAAGCAGUAAUCCCUCUUGCUGUUCUGGCUUCUGGGAUAGCUGCGCAGCCUGCAUUCGCUCCAUAAGACGCACACACAUUUCCCCUUACUUUUUAGGAGGGAAAAAGUGAGUCUUAUAGAGCAAAAAAUACGGUAAACCUUAAUUCAAAAUAUUCAUAAAGGUACAGCACCACCUAGUCUGUGCAAAUAGAUAAACGGCAUAAAUGAACAAAUAAAUAUAUUUUUAAAAAUAAAGUCUAAGUGUGUCUUUCAAGCAUUAGGUCUGCCUUCAAUAACUCUUUACAGUCAAGGCAGAGCUAAACAUUUAAGUAGGAAGGAAAGAUUCAGAGGAGCUAGUCCAUACAUAUUAAUAUUGGGCAUCUCUUUCCCCCUUCUUUCUCUCUUACACUGGACUAAUUUGGAUGUGAUAUUAUGAGUUCAUCACUGGAUGGACAUUGGAUGGACUCUCUCUCUCUUUCCCCCCUCCCUCUCAAAUGUAGUCAAAGUACAGUUAAAUCUAGCAACUCCCUUCCAUCAAUGUAGACCGAAUGACUGCACCAGACAUACAUUAAACAGUAUGGAAGAGCCAAAAGGCUGCAGGGACUCCAUUUGUUUUAACAUACCUUGUCCACAGUCACCAGCAUCAAAUCCACAAGAAAGGACGUUGCAUGCCUGGUCGCAGAAUUUAUCAGCCAGCCAUGAGUUUGCACAGCCUUGGUUGCAGUAAGAAACGCCACUUAUUCCUGCCCCAAACUGCCAGGGAGCAACAUUCCCAACACCGACACCAGCUCCACCACCUGCACCAUAACGGUUACCAAUACUACUACCUAUAAAAGAAAAAGGGUAACACAGUGUAGAAAACUGCUCACUGCUGAGUUUAAAAAAGCCUCAAUGUACAAGUUAAGAGUUGGUUAAGCAUUUCUGAAAACAGACCCCAGCAUGGUUCUUAACUCAUGAUCCAAUUCUGUAUGCUUUAAAUGAAAGGAUACUUUAUACAGGAAACAAAUACAUCCCUAAGGUUAUCAAUUUUGCAAGCAUGAGGGCGGGGAGGUAUGCAUCUCUUAUGUCCACUGUCUGGAAAACAGGGAAGCUCAAGCCUAGCCAACAAAUUAUCCUAAAAAACCCCAGUACAGAUAAAAAAGACAAAAUCUGGAGCAAAAUUAUUUCGCUAACCACCACUGAAUCUCUGUUGUCAAAAGACAACAAUCUGCCCUAAGGUUAGGAAUGCUACAUCCCAACUAGAAAAGCAUCAGCUACCUGACUUGCAAAAAAAAGAACGUUUUUCACAUGGUGGCAUACUCUUUUUUCCCUGCAUGGAUUACUCUCUCCAGGAAAAGUGUGAUUAUAUCCAGUGCCUCCUUUUCCUUUACACAGAAGACACCCAGAGUCAAUGCUGCUCACUAUUGCGAUUUAGUGCUGAGACAAGAGUGCACUGUGAAAGCAACUGGGCUUUUUCAAAUGUGAGCUUACAUCUAGAGCUACCCAAGAGUCUGCAAGAAUACGCUCCGAAGAGAUCAUCUCUUCACAUUUGCAAAAUAAUAUAUCAGUGUCUCCGGACUUCUGAAAUGCAAAAAGCCAGGUUUCAGUACUUAUGCCUCCCUUACCAAUGCAGUCACCACCAUCCCAAUCACAAGCGGAAUUGUUACAGGCUUUAUCACAGUAGCCAUCUUUGAUCCAGGAACCAGGGCAUCCCUCAGCACAGUUUGGAACAGGCCAAGUCAAGUAAACCUGAUAAUGGAGACAAAACCACUUUAUUCUCACAGCUCCUAGGAACGUAUUUAAAUUCACUUCUACGCAGCAAACUGAUUUGCAAUUCCUAUGUUUGUACUCUAAAGGUGAACAGGAAAUUUCUUGGGGACCGAAACACUGACCUCUACUUGAUUUGAAGUUAUCUGACAUUCAGCCUUAAUUGUUGCCCAACAGUACCAGUAAUUAGAUGAAUGAAUACAGCUAGUUUAAAGCUAAACUAACCUACUUUACUUUUAUCUGACUAUCUGCCUUUCCAAGGAUGUCAACCUGCUAUAUUUUUACAAAAAAAUAAUAAUAUUGAUUCUCCAUCCUCUUCUUUCUAUUUUCAGAAUGUUUUCAAUCUAUACAAUAUCCCUUCUUUAGAGAUAUAAACUCUCCAGCUUUUCUUUCUUUUUAGCCAUACUGCUCGAGUGACAUAAAUCUGUGAAGGCAUACAAAAGGGAAAGGGACAUUAAAUCACAUUAUUUGAUGUGUCGCUAUUUUUGCAUGGCGGCAUGUCCUUUUCAAUAGCACUCAGACGAGGAGACGGAUACUUAUUAAAAGUGAGAUCCAAUGUAACAUUAGCACCAGAAAUUAGAGAGUUGGUGUUGUUGUGCUAUCGUUAGUGAAAACAGUAAUGUACAACUGUCACGAAGUAUAAUUAUAGCAGGAGCGGCACAGCGUCUUUCCCAAGGGCAAGACACUCAUUUGUUGCACUACACUAAGAACAAGAGUCUUGGUAGUGCGAGGGAUGAGGAAGCUUUCUGGCUCAUGGGGGGCAGAUCUUUGGGCCAACUUUCAAAGGUAGCUGGGGCAGUAAAUCACCUGGUGUCAUUGUGAUGUCAGAUGAUUGACAGGCAGGCUGUCAAAGCUUGCACUGAAACAGCUGCUAGAAUGGAGCUUUCCCCCUUUGCUUUCAAUGCAAACAACUUCAUGUUCCUGGAGCAAAAUGCACUCCCAUUGUCACCAGCUGAUGAGCGGUUGUACCUUGCUCCAAUAACAAAGUUCAGCUGUCAGGUGUGGGGCAGGUGUGUGAAGUUUUGAGAGCAACAGACUCACAGGGCAAACCUGCUGGGUCAAAUUUGGCCUAGUUUCCGCAUCCCUGUGCUGGUGGAAUGGUUGUUGUGUGAGCGAGCUCCCACAAAUGGCUAUCACCGCCCAAGUCUUGAAGCACAAGAGGAAGCAGAUACGUUCCAGGAUGUGGCCAAGAAGCAUCAAACUGAUCCUGAGGGAAACUUCUCACAAUGCAUUCUGAAUUCUGGCUCCAGCACCCAAGUACAAAGCAGAUGCAUACUGCAUCACUUAUAAAGGGUGCAUAAACCAUGUAUUAUUCACAGGGUCACCCUUCAAAAUACUCGCCAGCAGCGAUACAGAAAUACUUGGCACCCUAGUUGCAAAUAAAUGGAUAUUUUUGACUAGGGAAACAGAAUCUAAGUAACGAAUAGUAAAUAAUUCUUACAUAGUUAAUCAUUUUUAGAUAUUUUUGUGGUUUUUGCACUAAGAGCUUUGCGAUUUAAUAUAUUCAGUAGAGAUUACUCAUUGCAAAAUGCACCUUUACCCCCAUCUCCACAAUCCAAAAUGUUGCUUUAAAUAUUCUGGUUUUUAGAGGUCAGUUCACUGGAAAACCAAACUGAUUGCAUUUGCACCAUCAAAACUUGGUUUAAUAAACCACAACAUGCAUGAGCUCCAUCAUACGAAACACACAGGGAAGUCAAAAUGAACCACACCUGCCAAUACACACAAACUAGGUAAUAUAGUUAAUGGUUUCUAAACAAGCCAGACUUGCAAACCCUUCAUAACUGUAAUGGGAAGCUAUGGUUAAUUGGCUUCCUGCUUUGUAUUGCUGCUCACACAGAAAAAGCAGUGAAAGGGCUGCUUGCAAGUGCACAUGGCUUGUGCAAAUUCUGACUUAUCAACCUUACCAUUUAUAAGUUUUGUUCUCAUAUUAGUCACCUAUGUUAUUGUCAAACUUGGUGAAAGCAAAAUCAAACUAGGCAUCUCCCAAAUGACGAAAGUGUUAGGAUUUCUAUGCGUCCGUGCUGCUCCAGUAGUAGCACUAUGUUUUGUGUAUAUCAUGUGAGUGUCUGAGAGAGCGUGAGAAAGGAAGUAUCGGUACUGUUGGAAGCUGGUUUCACUUCUGAAUGUGCUGCUGUUUCUGUACUGGUGCUCAAAGAGCACAGACGUGCUGAUGAAGUCUUUGUAUAUAGACUGUAAAUAAAGUAGUUUUAGAGCUACUGAUUGAGUCUUUCUUCUGCAAUGAUAUGCCAGAGUGUGCUCUUCUCAGGAGAGAGGGGUCGCUUAUCACCGGUCUCUCUGGACUGAGGGAGAUUUACAGCCAGGGAGGACCAUCAGAGAGACGCCCCAGAGACUUGGGAAGUUGGUGGCCUUCCCGGGCGUGUUUCCAACAGAAAGGUGUCUGAUCUCUCAAAUUGAAUAAAUAAAAUUAUUUUGUGAUGGCUUACCUUUUGACCCUUGGAGUGACUAAAGAAAUCAUCAGGCCACACAUCCUUUCCAAACAUCACAUCAUCAUUUAAAUAAAUGAACUUCUGGGACAGACCUGAAAUGCGAUGAAUGUGGCUUUCAAUGGCAGGAGAACUAAAAGUGGGUAGGUGACUCAAAUUCUGAAAUAUCUCCUAGAAUAAUAAAAGAAAAUAUUAUUGGGGGGGGGGAAUCUUAUGAGAGGUUUCAAAACGCUUUCCAAAUGUCAUUUGGAUCCAACAAUUUAAGUCAGCGUUUCACGUGUACGGUGCAAUUGCAGCGAAGAAAACUUCACACAAAUAUGCCUGUAUAUCACACACUCCUUAUUGAUGCAAUUUAGGGCAAGAGUUCCCAGAUAACAGAGUCAGACACUUUUUACCUGAUGAGUUACUAUAGAUAUCCGGGGGUUAUCCAAAUUAAGCCAGGAAGGAAUCUGCCCGUUGGUGGCUAUGAAGAUGUGCCGUACCCAGGGAGCAUGCCUCUCUAUUGACCGCAGUGAAUACCGCAGCUCUUCAUUGUCUUCAAAACGGCUGGCUGAAACAUCUUCAUCCUGUUUAGACUAUUAAAAGACAGUGACACACAACUAUACCGACAGAAUGAGAGCAACAUUUGCGUCUAAAAGCUGCCAUUAUUCAUUUUAAAACACUAAAGACGAAUUCAUGUGGUGCUUUGCCUAAAUAGAGAUAAUUUCAGGGUAGAGGGGACAUGUGUACAGGCUUGUCAGCUAAUGGGUUUUGAAGUAUAAAACCGGAAAAUAAUUUCUGUCAAGCCAGGAAAAGAGCUGGCAGGCUUGGGGCAAAACUCAUCAGAGAUAACUACAUGUGCCCCUUUCACAGCUAAAUACAUGAAGGGUUGAGGAAAUUAAAAGGUUGUGUGGGGGCGUGUUUGUGGGGGUGUCCUCCACCAUUUUCCAUUCCAGGCUCUCACAUCUACAGUAAGUUUUAAGAUAUCUGCAGUAAAGGAUUUAAAGUGUCACAUCUUGUUAGCUGUCUUUCAUUGCUGCUACUGCCAUCAUUAAGGUCUGUGUAACUCUAUUCAACAACAAUUCCAUGUCACUUCCCUCAGCUAGCAUAGGCCAGAAGCCUGCAAAAGGAGGCCAGCCCUAACUAGUGUGGGAUGACAGGAGGGCAUCACAUUGACUACUCCUGCUGUGUGGAAUACAGUUUUCAAAUUGCUGCCAAUUCUCUAUGUCACACUAUAACGUGUUUUCAUUGUCAUCCGUUACCUAAAUCUCACGAAGCUUUGCCAUAAUAGCAUGCCCAUACACCAGAGAACGACUCCUACCUGGCUGAUGGCACUGAGAUCCCAUAAUAAAUAAGCAGGAUUAAGCGUCAGUUCUUUCCCUUCUAUAGUCAUGUUCUUCUUAGCUUGGUUGAUCAGCUCUUGGAAAUCCUUAGGGUUAUUCAGUUGCAAGAGAGCUACGCCAGCUUCCGAAUAAAGCUGCAACUACAAAGGAGAAACCAAUAUUCCAAUCCUGGCACGUACCCACAAAUGAAAUGUGUUGGGGUGUUGUUGUUUUUGCAUGACUCACUGACAGCACAAUAUUCUUGCCAUAAGUUAGAAGAGGUAGGUGGGAGGGCAGAAAAUUCAAUACAAAACUGUAAUCCAAAUGAAACAUAAAUAGGUAUCAUUCAUAAAAGGUAUCACUCAUAAGGGAACUGCACCUGGGAAUCAAAAGGGAACAUUUCUCAAAGAAAGACUAACAAUUGAACAUUAUACAGUAUAGCGAUCUGAGUUCUCCAUGUGCUGAUCCUUUUAUAGAUAAACUUGUAAUCUCCAUGCACAACAGGGAGGUAUUCCCACGCUCAGUGGGACCUCAACGUUUGUGGAAGUGCAAAAAUCUUUACAGGGCAGAGGGAACCCUGUGGACUGAGCAUGCUCGGUUAGGGUGGUGGUGCAAUGGAGGAACCUGAAGAGGAUCACUCCACAAUGGCUUCCAGUCUGUUUCUGGGCCCAAUUUAAAGUGCUGGUUUAAAUUGCUGAUUUAAAUUUAAAGCCAUCGUCUUCCAUACGUACCUACCUGAAUCUUAAGAUGUUCUUUGGAGGCCCCAAUCCAAGUGCCCCCACCGAAUAAAGUGAAGUGGGUCACCACCAGGGAGAGGGCCUUUUUGGUGGAGGCACCCUAGUUAUGGAACGGCCUUCACAGAGAAGGUCACCUGGCGCCAUCCUUGUCUUCUUUCCAGCACUAAGUCACCUAAGCUUUUUAAAUAACCAGUGCAGUCCCAUUAUUGUUUUUAUACUGAUAUACUGUAAAUGGCUCCGAUAACCUUAUGUUAUGAGGCCAUAAACAAAUAAGCCUUUUUGUUGCGGAAUCAUGUGUGCAUCAUCCAGAUGGUUCCACAUCAUUAUGGACCCAGAUUAUUAUCACCACAUCUGUAUCCUGCCUCUUCUUCAAGAAGCCCUGGGUAGUAUAUGCAAGCUAUCCCAUUCUAAUCCUCAAAUUUAUCCCAUAAGGAAGGUUAGGCUAAGAGAGAGCCUCUUAUAAAUCCAUAAGUUUCAUGAUUUAACCCAGGUCUUCUCAGUCUAACACUUGAUCCAUUUUUCCACGCUAGCUCUCUUCAGCAUAUGUCAGCUUCUACCUUUCUCAGGAAAAGACAGUACCUGUUCCCCCAUAACACACUAAAAGUUAGGUAGAUAAAACAGAUGAAAACCAACAAGAGUUAGUUUCAACACUCAUCCUUUAAAUUUUGGCUAGAAAGAGAAAUUGUAUUCAGACGUAACUUCUAUCGUCCAAACAAUGAUAACAACUCCUGUGCUAUAGUAAUCCCUGGCGCACGUGGCUCCAUAAAUUCCUGAUUUGCUUAAACUGUAGUUUGCUAUUACAUCCAAAUCAUGACAGUUGAAGUUAAGACUCCAAAUCAGGAUUGCAAGUCACAGUUUGAUGCUGGUUUGUGGUUUGGAAGGCUUGCUCAAACCACUGUUUGCUGGUCCAGAUAAAAUGAUAAACUAUGGUUACAUCAAAGCAGGAAAUGGUCAAGUAAGCCAAGCACAAGAAGAGAAGAAAGUGAGGGGUAGGGAAAAGUGCAUAAGCACAGGUCUUGUUUUGCAACUGAACCCCAGUAAUUGUGUCUGAAUGCAGCUAUAGAGUCCUAGAAAUUAUUUGCACUACAAUCCUUGGACAGUGCAUCUAGGACUUCUUGUUUUUUUAAAAUAAAUAAAUAAAAAUAAACCAACUUUAAGAUCCUGUAACAUCCAGUCUCCUUAAACUGAAAAUACCAUUUGCAACAAAUUUCAUUUUUAAGAUACUAUACCAUAUCCUGAAAUGAAGCUGCCCAUCAGUUGUUUGUUUAUCUAUGUGUUCGCCAAUACACAUUUCUGAAAUGGCUUAAAGGAACUAGAAAUCUGAGAUUCAAAAAGGCUCCAGAACUAAUCCAUUUGUGGGUCUUCUCCGAAUCCUCAGCCAAGAUUUCCAAUCCACCGCUAAGGUCAUUUAUUACUGGGGAACUGUUUGAUCUGCUUGCUAUUUUUAACACUUGCCACCAGUUAAGUCUAGAUAUCAGCUUUCAUAAUGGGCUAGAUCAGGGGGAGGCAAAAGGUUGGUGCAGUAGGCACAACGUCAAACAGCAAUUGUGGCUCACAAAGGGCAACGGGCUGCUUUUCUUAUUCAAAGAAAGCAAUCUUCAGAUGUAUUUACUGAGGCAAGUGGUCAACAGAAAAAAGUAAAAAAGUUACACUGGUCGCAAGGUGAGAUCUGAAAGCUUAGCCAUGUGUAGGCGUGUUAAAGGCAGCAUUGCAACUUGCUCCUCACUUCAGGAAAGUAAAGUUAACCCCAGGCAAACUCCUAAGUGGCUAACCUGUGCGCCAUAUGAAAGAAACACUGUACAGUCUACCAGAGAGCAGCUGGAUUGCACGGCCUCUCGGCAGAGCAUUGACCUAAUGGACUGCACUGAGGUGGAUGUAAAGGGGGUUCAGAUUCCCUCUGUCAGUCUUAAUGGGCUAUAAGUAGUAGCCCUUUAAAGCUUCAAUAUGCAGAAGCAGAGCCAUGGCCAAAGGCAUACCUACAGUGUGAGCCAAGGAGAGAAUCAAGAGCCACAGCAGCACUGAGCAGAGGAAGAAGGUGAGCAACUGCUCACUAUAUAAGUAUUUGCGAAAGUUGUGUUAACGGCAGCUCAUACGACCAGAAUUGAACCAAUGUUAGAAAGCAAAAGAUACAUGCAGCCUCUGGGAUUUAAAGGCUAAUUGCAAAGAGGAAUAUUCAUUUAUAUACUUUGCUUAGUUGCUCAUAUGCACCCAUUUUGUGUGCGCGCCAAAAUACAUCACUAUCAGAGGCUGUGAAAUUCCACUGGGCAGCAGUGGCCGGGGGGGGGGGGGGGGCAACCAACCCAAGUGCAUUUUUAAUAUUUGAAAUAUAUCCAUGCAAUAAAUCAAUUUUUGCCCAGCUUAAAUGCAAUCCCCUUUCCCUGUCCAUCUGACUUUCCCAUAAAACUGCAGCUCCUUAUGAGGAAAACGAUUCUCUAUUUGGAAAGGUUGCAGCAUUUGGGACUUUUCAGCUUAGAUAAAAGGCAAGAGACGAGUUGACGGAAGUUUAGAAAAUCACACGUGGCAUAAGGAAAGUGGAUAGAUGCCCACGAUGGAAAGUGAUCCUCACGCUGGGAAAAAGUUCCACACGCCGCAUUUAAUGCUUUAUAGCAGUAUAUUGCCAGAUUAUUUUUUUACAAAUGCUAUUCAAGUGUAUUUAUAUUACAUUUGUCCAACAUAAAUGAACCCCAACCCCAGAAUCGUUUCUUUUUCUUUUUUAAACUGACCUUUCCUCUUUCCUUUCAGACAUUUGUCCCGUUUACCCAUCCCAUUCUCACAGCAAACAUAGGCCCAGCUGUCACGCUUGUGACAUUUUAAGGCCGUUGAUGGUUUGAAUUCAUGCGCCACCCGAUAGCUCUAAAUCUGACUCAUGAGGUCUGUCAUGGGGAAAAUCCGAUAAAUCUCAGCCCUUCCAGAGCAUCAUCAUCUGGACAAACCGAUGAAAGGGUGGCCUCGGUAGUUGUUGAAACGGAGGUAGAGUUAUGGAUACCAGCAAGCGCUCUCCAAAAAUAAUGCUGUGGAAAUGCUACGGAUUGCAAAGCUGCCAUCAAGCAGCCUCGCAUUUAUUUAGGAGAACAAUGUCAUGCUGUCCCCUCCACUGUGCAUCAUCGAAAAUAUAUUUAUGCAAUGUUUCGCAGAAGUUUCCACUGCACACAGGAAGGCUGUAUUAAGGACACAGGAUUUCCCUGUCUCUUAUCCUCUUCAUCCUCAUCGCUAUGGAAGGAUGCAUAAAGUUACCCUGAAUAAAACAAAGCUCGAUCUUUUCCUGGGUUUUCUCAGUGGUUCCAAGUCCCAACAAACAAAACACCCGUACUGAUAAAAGCAUAUUCCCCAAAUGGAUCCCAAAUUAAGUAAAUGACUAACAAGGAGAGCUACCAAGUGGUGAAAAACUGAUUAUCGAAUUAUGAAUGGUGGAGGUGGAGAAAAAGUAUUUUUUCUUCUUCUUCUUUUCUUCUAAUACUAAGAUUACUAAGAUAAUACCAAGCGGAAAGCUCAUAACUGACAAAAGGAAGUCAUUCACAUACUGGCCAUGUUCAGACAUUACAAUAAAUCACGGUCUACUGUGAAGGGAAUCAAUCUAGUCUCUCCCUGGAACAAUCACUAGUAAGUGUUCAGAAGUUUUCACUUCCAGUUUUGGUUAACAGCAGUUAGCUGUUUCGUCAAAAUUUGACAUGCUCCAGUUAAUUUUAGCAAUGGUUUGUUUAGAACACAAACGCAAGAGAGAAACAAAUUCUCACAACCACCUGAGUCUAUUCAUGCCAAAUGAGUUAAGGAAAUGUAAGAAUUUGUCUUUUCAUAGGCCAUACGUGUAAGCAAGCUUCUUGGCUCCAGGGCAGGGGUGGGGCAACCUGUGACUUUCCAGGUAUUGCUAGACUACAAUGCCCAUCAUCCUCACCACUGGCAAUGCCGGGUGGGGCUGAUGGGCACUGGAGUCCAACAAACUCUGGAGAGCUGCAGGUUCCUCACCCCAGUGAAAGGCAUUCCUGAAUCAAACUGUGCUACUCAGUCACCCCUUUACUACCCUUUAGUUUAGAACAAGCAAACUUCAAACCACAGUUUAUGAAGCUGGAUCAAUUCAACAUAAGUAGUAAGGAAUUUUUGCCCAUGGUAUGAUUAUUUCCCACCUAGUCGUUUUGAUAGGUUGGCACCCUAUUUGCAAAAUCUAACAAUUCCAAAACACAGAGGCACUUUCACUUGGGCAAGAUUAAAUAUACUGCCUUCGGCUGUACUUGCGGGUCAGUUUCAAAAAAAUCCACCAGGAAAAUGCUUAUGUGGCAGUAUUGAGUCAGUGGCUCAUGUGCUUCUGGUUUGCACUCUUUAUAAAGAUUUGAGGAGUGAGGUUAUUACCACUCUAUACUACCCCAAACCAGGUCGCUCAGACAUUGCUACUGUGUCCUUUCUUCUAGCUGAUCAAGAUAACCAGGUGACAACAAAAACUGCAAAAAAAUUAGCAGGGGCAAUUAGAUUAAGAUCCAUUUAUUGAUUGAUUGAUGUAAACCUCCAGAAUAUAUUUUGUAUAGUUAAGUUUUCGCCUCUAUCUUCAGUGCAUUGUGUUUUAUUUUAUUGCUAUGGCUAGUUGCUGAUGCAAAUAAAGAUUCUUAAUUUUUUAUUUCAAACCACAAUUCAUUGGGUUCCGAGAAAACCGGAAGCUGUGGUUAAUAAUUAGACGUCACUUUUGGCCCUGCACAACUUUGGAAGGAUUGCCAGAAUAGAAUGUGGCCCUUGGGAUCAAAAGGUUUUCCCGCCCCUAAUAUAGACUGCAGUUAAAAUCCAGAAAAUAGCCUCCAGUUUCUAACACAGCCUGUACAACAUACUACAAUAUUAUAAGCAUGAUUAAUCCUUAAAGUUGUCUAUAAAUAACAUUAUUGCCACAGGCUUCAGCUCUAGCACUUUCAGGAAGAGGUAUCAGAAGUUACUAGAAUCAAGUUUAAAUAUAGUCGUGGAACAAAGUGUAUUGCUUGGCAUCAAUCUAUUGUCAUAUAUUUAGUCUGUGAGCACCUUGCAGCCAAAAUUCAGCCACCAGAAUCAAAUAUUGAAGGAACUGUGAUGUUUAAAAAAAUGAGUAUCAUGGAAAGUCCUUCCCACACACAGCACCCCAGAUUUGUAGCAUGCAAAAAUCGCAAGACAGAUAUGAAAGUUUUGAGUAACAGCUACAGUCGGAAUGUUUGGACAAACACUGGGUUUCAAACUUUAUAACAAAAAAAGAGAAAUGAAUCACUCCUUCAUUUUUGUGUAUGGUAGGUAAAUAGCUACAAUGGCACUGAAAUACUGGUUUAACAGCACUGAACUCUCUGGCUCAAGAAGGGCAUAAGCUUGGAAUAUUUAUUUUUAGGUCACCUUUGCAAAACCUUGGGCCAAACAUUCACAAAGAUUUGAAAAGAGGAGGGUGACACCUAGUGGCCAAUUGCCGAUUUCUACGCAGUGUUGCAAUUUCGGACGAUGGCAUUAAAUGAAACAAAUUAUUUGUUUCAAUGGUACCAACUUUUUCUUCCAACUUCCAAUGCCUUGGAUUGGAACUGGAUUGGAUUUCUUUUCUUACAGAAUUUCAUUGUUCUGCUCAAAUGCAAAAUUGUGCAAUUUAAAUUGAUUGCAAGACAUUCAUUCCAUCAAUCCGUACCGUUAAAGAGAAGACCAGCUUGAGGUGCAACAAUAUAACAGCUAAAUAGGCACUCAAAUAAUCAGACUUGUAUCCAGUUUUGAGAGCAGAAACACAACAUUACUUGGGGUUUAACUAUUGCAAUAGGGAACAAUUUAAUAGAACAGUUUUCUUGUAGUAAGGAUUUAACAAAGUCAUCUGAGCAAGGAUAAUGGCUGGGAUCCAAUGAACUACACACUAACGUCUGGGUGCCUAAGGGCACUUUGGGGCCGAGUUCCUCAAACAUCAGCCUAUCAGGCUGCAUACCACUUUUGAAACCAAAAGAUGCUUGUAAGAUGGCUCUGCUGUUCAAAGAGUGAGGAGGAUGGGGAAGACCAAAAUCCCACUGGGAUUGCCCAAGCUCUUUAAGUCAUUAACUCACAAAAAAUGAUGGGAGUAGCUUCACAGAUCCUAUAUAAAAGUUAUAUGCAAUGUGUAAGCAUAUGGUUCUAUACAUAGAGCACAUAGGGCAUGCAUGCAACUUUGAAUUCAGUCCAACCAGCUGUGUGUUGACCAACACUGUUAGGCAGAAUUUUUUGCGAAUUCAGUUUAGAAUAAUGCAGCAAACUGUUUUGCAAAGCAUGUCAAGGAUAUUUAUUGGGCUAACGCAAAAUUGGGCAUAUGCAGGUACAUAAUUUACAUUUCCAGUGGCUUGUAAUUCAGGGUGCCAGAGCUCAUAGAAUUGUGGAGCUGGGUAAGGUCUUGUAGGACCCUGGGGCUGUGUACACACCAUACAUUUAAAGGGACCACCCAAAGGAUCGUGGGAAUUGAAGUGUGUUAUGGGUGCUGGGAAACGCAGUUCUGUGAGAGGUAAGCUACAGUUCCCAGGAUUUGGAGCGGGGAUAGUGCUUUCAAUGUAUGGGGCAUAUGCAGAACUAGACCAGGGGUCGGCAACCUGUGGCCCACGGGGGUCAUUUAACCGGCCCAUGAGCCACCCACUCGGUGAGUCCCUGCACGCUGCACGAUCCAGCCCACAGAGGGAUCUCUGCUGGAGUGAACCGGCCCAGACGAGGUAAACCUUGCCAACCCCUGAACUACACCAGCCUCUUGGAUUUUCUGCCUCAAGCAGGCCAUCUCCAACAGAAUUUUUAGUUUGCAGCCAAAGUUUUCAAAUCAGGAUUUGGCAUCUUUUGAAUAACCUAUGAGACUACUACAGUGGUAAAUGAAUACAGUAACAGCACAGGAGAAAAUCAUUUUGAUUUGCGUGCAAGGAGAAAAUGAUUUUUAGCAGAAGGUUUACUCCAUUAUUCACAAUCAUCUGCUAGAUUUUGCUCUUAUACUAGUUGACACUUACCUGCUUUAUCUUGGAAGCAAGGUUUUCGGGCAGUGUUGCUCUUAGUUGAUUUGUCUCUUUGAAUGUAAGUGGAAAUCCUUUGAGGAAAACUAAGUCUUGCAUUAUUACUAAACCAGGAACUUCUUUGUCUGUAGUCUGCAAGUAAUGGAAUUUAUUAUUUUCUUAAUUCUUUUUUAAAAUGACUAACACUUUCUUCCCCAUUGUGCCCCCUAGGGGAGAACUCACGCUUUUAGCAUGAGAAUUUUACUUACAGGCUAUUACAGCAGUUAUGGAAAUAUUACAGCAAAAUAAAGAAUUUUAAGAAACAGGACCUUGCAUCCAAGCAAGGAUCCAAACUUUCUAGUAUAUAUAAAGGUAAAGGUACCCCUGAGCAUAGGUUCAGUCGCAGACGACUCUGGGGUUGCGCGCUCAUCUCGCUCUAUAAGCCAAGGGAGCCGGCGUUUGUCUGCAGACAGCUUCCAGGUCAUGUGGCCAACAUGACUAAGCCACUUCUGGCAGUACACAAAAACACCGUUUACCUUCCCGCCGGAGUGGUACCUAUUUAUCUACUUGCAAUUGACAUGCUUUUGAACUGCUAGGUGGGCAGCAGCUGGGACCGAACAAUGGGAGGUCACCCCGUGGCAGGGAUUCGAACCACCGACCUUCUGAUCAGCAAGCCCUAGGCUCUGUGGUUUAGACCACAACGCCACCCGCGUCCCUUUCUAGUAUAUAUACCAACAUCAUUUUAAAGGAACAUACCAAAUAGCCUCUCCACACUGCUUGCUUGCUGCUUUCCUUUAACAUCUGAGAAUGGACAUCUUCGGCUGAAAUGUUCAAUAAUUCAAAUCACAGGUCAAAACUUUUACAGAAUUUUUGCAGCAAUACACUGCAUAAUUUGUAAAUAAAAACUCUUUUGAGAUCUCACAUAUACUUGCUAUGGACACUUUGAAGUUUUCUCUUACAAUCCAGUGCUAUAUAAAUUUUAUGAAAUAAAUAUUUUUUAACAACAACACUGCAGAAUGGGGAUAACUUGCCCCCGAACCAUCAGAGCUGGUUAUCUAAUUUCAAAGCCAAAGGCAAUAUUUGUUAGCCAAUGCAAAAAACAAAUCACAAUGCCACAGUCCCUUGAUGAGGGGUUUUCUCUCCAUCAGCUAUUGUAGAAGUAAGAAUAAGAAGUAAGAAAAGAUGUUUUACCUGGAGGGUGGGAUCUGUAACAAAAUGUUGCAGUAUGAAGGAUUCCAGCAGCUCCAUUUAAUGUCCCUCCCUCCCUUUUCCAACACUCUCCCCCCAAAGAAAGUCCUCACUGGGCUAUUUUGUGUGAAUUAGCUACGGGGUUAAGUUCAAGGUGCUGGAACAAAGUCCUAUGCUACUUGUGAUCAGGAUACCUAAAAGACUGUCUCGACCCUUAUACAGUCAUCUGAUUACUGUGCUCUGCAGACAGUGACCUCCUACAGAUACCAUAUUGUCAGUCAAUCUGUUCCAUAUGACCUAGGAAUUUGGCCUUUAAUGUGGCAGCACCUAUGCUUUGGAACUCAAUCUCACAUAUUAUCUUUUGGGUGCCUAUUAAAGACCUUUCAUUUCCAACAAGUCUUUUAAGUAGAGAUUUGUUUUAUCCCAGUGCCUCUGUUGGACACGGAAUUGCUUUUAAUGUUAAAAUUGCUCUGGGGUGUUUUAUGGGAAGCGCUUCAUAAACAAAAUAAAAAUAAAUACAACUACCAUCUCCUUGUGUACAGACAAAGAAGAUGCACCCGUGUCUCUGUGAGCAGCGUGUCUCAAGGGACUAGAAAGGGAAUCUGAACAACAGGCUAUGCAACACCUCACCUCAUCAUGAAAGCAAAAUGCAGAGCACUGAGAGAACAAUUACAACAUGGUCCACAUUUUGCCCAAGGCAAAACCUCUCUGCUGCUGUUGUUGAAAAAUUAAGAAACUAACAAAUUAUUCUCCAAAUGAAGUAAGUGGUAAUGUCAUGUUAUUUUUAUUAAGGAGGCACCAAUAUUUUUGCAUAUAAACUGGGGGACACCAAAUCACUACGUGUACAUAUUUCUCUACAUAAACCUAGAUCAAGUUUCAUUUACGGGGGACCUUAUUUUUAGGACACAUUCUCCUCUGCCUCCUAAGUUUAUCUACUGACAUCCUUUAAUCAUUGCAACAACAGGAGGAGGAGGAGAAGGAAAUCCCCUAGAGAAGAGUCCCCUGAAACAGUAGUAAUCCUAUGGUAAACUAAAACCAUAUGUUGCCAAUUAGUGGGAGAAGACUUAAAAUAGAUCCUUACCUUCUUUAGAACUGUCAAAAACAACUACAGUAACGUUGGUGGAAGGGUUCUUUGGCUUGGCAACCAGGAAUAUAUUGUUGGCAGAUCUCAGCAGGGGAUACACAGAGGGCAGGUCCUUAAGAGUGAUGUUGCUCCGCAAAGCUGGAUCCAAGACGAGCAUUGGCACUUUUAUGCAAUGUGUCAGUAAACACUCCAGUUGCUUCUCACUAGGAUCAAGACAGCAAAAGUCAGGCAUACUCUCAGGUUCAAAGCUGCACAUGGCUAUUCAGCUUUGACUAGCUUUUGAUAAAGAAGCACACACACACCCCAAUGGCGUUGCCUGCUCUCUGUUUAUUCAUAUUUUGCAGAAAUAUAUCCCAGGUCAAAUCUAUACUUAAAGUAAUCAUUUAUUUAAAUAUUUGUCAUGUGUCACAGUAUACUACAGGGGUUCCCUGUGGUCCAUGAGCUUCAUUCAGGCUGUCCAGGACGUUUCUGUAGAUAGGAGAUAGCAGGUCCCACAUAUUAAAUAUUCAUAUUGAUUUUUAAAACUGUCUUUUAUUGCUUCUUUUAUUUCUUAUGUAUUGUAUUUUAUUGCAUGACAAUUUUAUUUCCACCAUACAGGGCACUGAAAUUACAACGGGCAAAAAAAGUUAUUAAGUGAUCUGCCAAGACCCUCAGCCAUUUUCAAGUUUUCUGGGGUGGGAGGACCACUGCUGUAUUGCAUACAGCCUUUCUAGGUUGCCCAGCCUGAUAAAAUACAGAAGCCAGAAAUAAAUGAAGUAGAAAGCAGUCUAUGUUCUGUACCAUGAGAGCAAUUUGGCAGUUGCUAGUUGGGUUUACAUGGGCCUUGUUGCUCACCUCAUUAACCUUUCUCUUACAGUUAGAGGUAACAAUGAAACAUGUCUUCACAUUUUGAGGUUUUGUCCGUAUGGUGGACAUCACCCAUAUUGCUUUAGGUGUGUGUGGAUUAUUGGGAAUAACUACAAAAGCCUGAUUUUUGAGUGAGCAGAUAGGGAAUGAGGCAGAAGGCCUUCUUGGUAGUUGUGUCCGCCCUGUGGAACACCCUCCUAUCAGAUGUCAAAGAGAUAAACCAUUAUAUGACUUUCUGUUGACAUUUAAAGACAGCGCUGUUUUGGGAAACUUUUAAUGCUUGAAGUUUUGUUGUAUUCCUUUAUAUUUUGCUGAAAGCCACCUAGAGUGGCUGGGGCAACCCAGUCAGAUGGGCGGGGUACAAGAAAUAAAACAAAACAACAACAAUUAUAAUUUAAAAAUGAAUUAUUUACUUUAGAACAUGAGGAAAAGUGUACCAGUUUUGUCCUACUCCUUGAUCAUGGCUAUUUUAAAUGUUACUUCACUCACUUGAAAUUACAGUGUCAGUUAAGGUUCACACAGUAAUUAAUAUAUUGAUAGUUGAAAGCCUUUUAAACAAAAAACAUGAAACACCUAUAUUAUUUCUUACCUUUUCUUAGUUGGUUCAGUUGUAUUCUUUCCAAGAAUUUCCCUAAAAUACAAGUAAACGCAUAACUAUUAAAUCCCCCCUGAAUUAACAUAUACACCCAAAAUGCACACAGGUUCUAGUUACUCUCAUCACCCUGUAGACAGUAACAGAAUCUCAAUAACGUGAGUUUUUGCACACAAAACCCAGAAGUGGCAGAAUAUGUCACAGCAUCAAACCUCUCCCAUUCAUACCACCUAUUAGGACACAGAAGCAAUUCAAGCACAGGUGGUUCAGUUAAAGAACUGAGAGCCGUGCCCGAUAAAUCUACAGGAUGAAUGGCCAAUUUAAUUACAUCCCCACAAAUGAAGGCUGCUGAAACACACUUCAAUGUGGCAGCUUCCCACAGAGAGCAUAAGGCCUGCAAGCAGCUAACCUCAAGGAUUAAUUGGACUGUGGCAGGGCAUAAAUGUUUACGUUGGCUAUUGUUGCAGAGACUCUCAAUCGAACUGGACAAUCCAUGAAGCAAAUUGAUUACAAACUUUGUGAUCCUUGCAAAGAGCCACAAACGCAUUGAAGAGUUUUCCAGCAGCAUUCACAUGACACCAUAACAUUGCCUUCCAGAUGCUUCCAGAUGUUCAUAGCAUCCUUGGUCAUUCUAUGAAUCCAAAUGUUGCUAUAGCCUCUAUGUAGUUCACUGCUUGGAGCACUCUGAACUAAGGCAAGAAUCAGGGACCCUCCUCUUUAGUGAGAACAAGAAGACUUUCACAGUCGCAUUGAAGCCAAGUGGUCAGGGCCAGCUGAACAUACAAAACAUUGUUUUCAUGUUACCUGCUUGCAAGUGAUGUUACCUGCUUGCAAGAAUUAUUGGCAUCCGAGAAAGCAAAACGCCAUGCCCCUGAUACAAUACUCUCUGAAAAGAGAGUCUUAUAUGUGGGAGAUGUACAUGCUGCAGAUAUGAAUCAACUUGCUAAUCUCCCAAAUGCGAGUCCUUUUUCAAAUAUUACACCAGAAGCACAAAACAGGUAACAUGCAAAAUUCUCUAACAUGAAGUAUCUAGAUGUUUCCUUCCAAUUGACACUGGAUGUGCAAGAAUAGAAACAGGUAAGAACAAGGAUAGACCAACGGCAAAAGCCAAUCUUAUGAAUUUAUUCACCUGCAAAAGCCUAUGGCAUCUUAGGGAGGUUCACUUCCUUCUGGCAAAACCUUGGGCUGUAUCCAACCAAGUCCUACUCACAGUAAACCCAUUAAAAUUAAUGGGCCUAAGUUAGCAAGUCUCUACAGCUGCAGCACAUGCUGUAACCUUCCAACAGUUUGACUUCACCCCCAAAGGCGUGCUCCUCUAUGGUCUCCCAAGGCAGAUGGAUGCCAACCAAGUUAGUCGUGUUUAUUAGUUUCAAUGGAUCUACUCUGAGUAGGACUAAAACUGGACACAACCCAAUUGUUUUAGUUUUCUUACCUCCAGCCAGGGCAGCUCGGCAUACUGUGCACGCAGAGAAAUGUUCUUACCUCAUCAUUCUCUGUUCUUCCUCCAUCUGUUUCCUCACUUGCUGCAGUUCCCUGAUCAGCUCAACAUCUGUGCCAUUCACCCAGGUGUACACCACAUCAAUAGGCAUUGGCAAGCAAAGCCUAUAAGAGAAAUCCCAUUAAGAGAGAGAAACCAGCUCAACCUGUCCAGGCUUAAAUUGAAAAGCAAUUCACAGCAGCACAGAUUACGUUCGCCUGCAACCAGUCAGUUGAAACUCAUGAGUUUCAAAUGAUAAACUUGUUCCAUUAUUUCUGGCAUAAUCAAAACAUUCAGUUAAGCUUUGUUUCUUCAUCAGUUUCUCAUUUUUAAUCAAUGUGCUUCUGCAUCACCACACAUUAAAAAUACACUUACUCUGGUUUAUACAUUAAAAAUAUUAAAAAUAAUGUUUACACAUUAAAAAUACACUUACUAACCUAGACAGCAUCUUAAAAAGCAGAGACAUCACCUUGCCGACAAAGGUCCGUAUAGUAAAAGCUAUGGUUUCCCCAGUAGUGAUGUAUGGAAGUGAGAGCUGGACCACAAAGAAGGCUGAUCGCCCGAGAAUUGGUGCUUUUGAAUUAUGGUGCUGGAGGAGACUCUUGAGAGUCCCUUGGACUGCAAGAAGAUCAAACCUAUCCAUUCUGAAGGAAAUCAGCCCUGAGUGCUCACUGGAAGGACAGAUCCUGAAGCUGAGGCUCCAAUACUUUGGCCACCUCAUGAGAAGACUCCCUGGAAAAGACCCUGAUGUUGGGAAAGAUUGAGGGCACAAGGAGAAGGGGACAAUAGAGGCCGAGAUGGUUGGACACUGUUCUCGAAGCUACAAACAUGAGUUUGACCAAACUGCGGCAGUGGAAGAUAGGCAUGCCUGGCGUGCUCUGGUCCAUGGGGUCACAAAGAGUCGGAGACGACUAAACGACAACAAAAGAAAGAUUCUUAAAACUUGUAACUUUUUAUGUUCUUUCCUUCCAAUGACCCUUCAUGCAGUAUUUCUCAAACACUUAUUUUUGAGUUUGGCUCCCCAUUCUUAAAUGUAUAGUGCUUUUAGAGCAGGAGAUACAUAAAUAAAACCUACAUCUACCAUACUAACCCCCCCCCCCCCCAAAAAAAACACACCUCUCAUAGCAGAUUGUGCAGAGCUCCUUGCACAGGGUCGUAUGUGCAUGCAACCCAUUGCUGUGUGCAAAGAUCCAUGGAAGAGGCCACUCAUGUCCCACAUUAAUCAUAAACAAGAUUGGGAUUAUAAUGUGGCAAGUGGGGAAGAAGGUCACCUCAACAAAUCCAGCAUGGAUCUGUUAGGCUCCUCUGCUGCAAGGCAUUUAAUCUAUGGCUGGUGUGGAGAGGAAGGUCCCAUCUGUUUCAGGAAGCCAAAAAGUUUGUUUCCCUCUUCUAGGUGUUCCAUGGUCUUCCCCAGGGAUUGACAACCACAGUCUUAAUUCCAAAACUCAGCCCUUGAUUCAGGAGUUCAGAUCCUAAUUUAUAACUCUGGAAAACUCUUAUAAAAAGUAGGAGGGGGAAAUCACAUUUUCUGCUCACACAUCCUGCCCACGUUCAAAACCAGUAUGGAUUUUCAAACUUAAUGUAACAUUUUCCACCUAUGGCUUCUGUCGAAACUGUUCUAAAAAUACUUAUGCGGAGGAAAACAAUGUGUCACAACCAGCCAUUCAUGAUUUAUUCCAGCUAUGUCAUUGUUUGUGUUAAAUUGGCCAAAGAUACAUCCUCACUGUCUGUUUUUCCUGACUUUGCCACAGCCAGACCCCCUGCACACCCUGUUCUAACACACAUAGUACCAGUUCACAUGCAGUCCCCCCUGGUGCCUAUGAUCAGCAAAUGUCCAGGAAGGGAAUUAGGGAGGCCUCAUUCCUCCGCCCACAGAUAUACAAAGGAAAGAAUGUUAAGAGUAGCCCUACCGGUUCAAAACAAAGGUCUAUCGAGCCCAGCAUUCUGUUCCCACAACAGCCAAUCAAGGAAGCCCACAAGCACAACAGAUCACUUCUGCUUAUGAUCCCCAAUAUUCCAAGGAACACCAGAGCAAGCCUAUAUGGCCAUCAUGACGAGUGGCCACUGAUAGCCUUAUCUUCCAUGAGUUUGUCAAAUCCCCUUCUAAAGUCACCCAAGUUGGUGGCAAUCGCUACCACUGCAGCGAGUUCCAUUGUUUAACUACUUUGCAGUGCGAGAAAGUGCUUCCUUUCAUCUACAUGUUUUGUACAAACCACAGCAUGCUGCUGCCCUGGACCCCCUUACAAUCUGUCCAUCAUUUGUUUAGAGCAAAAAGAGCACACAAUUGGCAUUCACUGGCCCCUAAAUGUAUGCAGGUACAUCUCUGUUCAUACUAAAUAAUCUACAAAGCGAGGAAAGGGGGCUAUGAGGGCAAUGAGGGGCAUUCUGUGGGGCCUCCCAAAUUCCCCAUGUCCUAAAUCAAGCUUCCUCAAUCCCGGCCCUCCAGAUGUUUUUGGCCUACAACUCCCAUCAUCCCUAACUAGCAGGACCAGUGGUCGGGAUGAUGGGAAUUGUAGUCUCAAAGCAUCUGGAGGGCCGAGGUUGAGGAAGCCUGUCCUAAAUUAUCUGAGAUCCAGUUUACCACAUUGGAUUACAUGUACUUUGUUUUCCUGUUUACCAAUAAAUAAUGUGUGAGAGUUCAGUAGAUAUUUAAUAAAUAUACUUCAUAGGAGUAGUUGCCUUUUAAAAAAAGUUAAUUAUGAUGCCUAAAGUUGUAAAAGUUAAUUCUAGCUUCAAAACUGCCUGGUUUGACUGGCUUUAUAUCCAUUCGUUUGCAUCUACUUUUGCAGUCUUAGAAAAGGAAAAUUCUCCUUCUUCACUUCCUGUUUCCGGCGGUGGAAAAUGGCUGAUCCCACACAAUCGGACUUCAGCCGUUCCGAUAAUUCAGGGCUGAUAUGGGGGUAAUUAGCCCUGGCAGCCUCCCCAGGGCAGGGGAGGACUGUCUCAACGACCCGCGGUCUGCCCCAGAUUGCCGAUGUGGCAGACGGCAGGGGCACUGGGUCACGGAGCUAGGGACGGCUGACACUCCUGCGACGCCACCCCAUAGCCAGACGCAUCUGUUUGGGAAAAUAUAAAGAUUUGGUAAACAAACAGACACGCUCUGAAUUGAAGAAGCUGAAAAAAACCUGCAGUAUGUACAGUCUCUGGUGUAAAAGAUUGAACUUCAAAGAGAUCCUCAUCAUGACGUUUGGAAUGUGGAUGGGCUUGGUAUGUAAAAAAAACAUUCUUUUAUCCUUAACAUCAACAAUCCGUAAUGCAUGCCAAGUCUCAUUAAGAACUUAAAUUGCUCUUCAAAAAGUGAGUUCAGAUGGACUUUCAUAUAUAAUUGGGAUCUACUCACAGCCACUUCUCUUCUAAGACCGGAAAUGUCUGUUAGAGACGAAAACAAAGGACAAAGGACAAAAUGGCGUCUCGCACCACGUCGUUAUUGAAUAUGUGAAAUACUUCCCUGAUUAAGAGAAACAGGAGCUAACGGAUGGUUGGUUAUAAAGACUGGAAACAAUAUUACAUAUACAACUGUUUGCAAAAAGAUUUUUUUUGAUUACGAGCGAGAGAGAGGGCUAAAUGGAUGUCUGGCAGCCCCCCUCUAGGGCCCGGAGGGGGGACUGGGAAGAUUCCAAAGGCCAAUUGCUAACUGUCUGAUAUAUGGCUACAUUGCAAACAGUCUGUUUAAGAUAAAUCAACAAGGAGGGUACAGAAGGAAAUUUCUCUCUGUUUCUUUGAUAGCACCUGGACGGGAAAGAUUAACGAUCUGGGAGCUGCCAAAGUAACAACUCUCAAAGAGCUGGACAGAACUUUGAAAUUGGAUGCAAUUAAAUGAAGCGGUGCGAUGAAAAAACAGUUCAAGGAGUACAAUAUAUGGACAAAUCUGCACUCCAUAGAAAAAAAAGUAUCGGUUUUCUGACAUGAGUGAGGAUCGUAGAACCAGAGUCAAAAUGCGGAAGGGAAAAAUCGGACAUGGAAUUAUGAAUAACAUUGAGGAUGAUGAGAGGCAGGACUAUGAUGUUGAACACGCUUCGAAAUUCAGACCGUGGGAAGUCAAAACAAAAUUAUUACAAUUUGGAAGACAAUUGGACCUUUUUUUAUUUUAGUUUUUUAUUUUUAUUGGAUUUGAUUUGAUAUGUUAAUUGGAUGUUUUUAUUGGAAAAUUAAUAAACGCUUUUUAAAAAAAAAGAAAAAAAGAAAAGGAAAAUUCUCCAUCUCCUAUCAUUGCAUGAGGAUUCCUUUCAAGACCUGCUAACUAGAUGGAGAAUAUAUGCACUCAGAACCCUGCAUGAAUUGGCUUACAGGUGAAUCUUUUCCUUGCAAGCUUGCUGUUGCACCAUUAUUAAAGUCCUGUAACACGCGUGCAAUGGUUCUGCAACACCUUAUUUUAUCUUACAAAAACAUAGUCUACUGGGAUAUUCUUAAUACCCUGCUACACCCCAAAUUAGCCGUGCCUCUUAAUGAUAAAUAAUAGAUUUUGUUCAGUAGCUGGAACAUGACCCACACAGCUGUAUAAAUGGAAGGUUUGCUUUGGCCAAAUAACAACAGUUUUUUCGAGAGCUGAUCCAGAUGGACAAGUGUCUCAAGUUAAAUCGGGCAUCCCUAGAGUGUUUAAUUUUAGUUAAGGAAAAUUAAAACAUUUAUUGUGUCUGCCCAAUCCUUGAAAUGCUGGCAAGCCAUCCUAGACCACCAAUUAUCCAAAAACAAUUUAUUUUUAAUCAUCUGGCUCAUGCAAAGAGACUGGCAGACACUUAGGACACAAAGGAAGGCAUGAGACAGAAACAAAUGGAAAUUCCUUUCAGUCUGGUGGCAGCAGCAGAUUUAAAUACUGUUUCUGAUCAGGAGGCGGUGCUGACAGAUAUGGAACAAAAGACGGCUCUUGAAGGGCUCCAUUAUUUCCUCUUCCAGAAGGUUAGGAGAAGAGCACAUAGCUCUUCAGGAAAGAGCCAUAGCUUAGUGGGACAGAACCUGCUUUGCCUUCAAAAGGUCCCAGGUAUAAACCCCAGCAUCUCUAGGUAGGGCUGGGAGACACAGUUGCUCUAAACCAGGAAUGGCCCCCAGCGGUUUCUAAUCUUGCCCCAUCAGUCAUUUAACCCAUGAGGGCCACUACCCUGAACCCACAUCCACCUGUCAAUCUGUGGACAUCACUUGUGAUGUCAGCUGAGGGGUAGGAGGGUUCAAUUCAGUGCUGUUCCCAGCAGGAUUUAACCUCAGUUUGAUAGCUGACAAUUGGAAAGUUAAAUUCUGCUCAGUUUGGAUGUGAGUACCUGUUCCCUCCAGGAAACAGGAGUACACAGUCAAAGGAAGCAUGAGAAAAACCUGUAUACCUGUGAUAUGAAAAUCCAAACAUAAACUGCGAACAACCCUAGGGUGGAGAUUAUAGUUUAUAAUAAAAGAUCUGUUUCAUAGCAAAUUCUGAGUUAUCAAUGUCAAUGAUGGGGCAAGAUUAGUGUCAAUUUUAUUUCUAUACAGCCUUUCCCUAUUUUAUAUUUACUGUGCUGCUUUGUCAGUCUGAUGUAUUUGCACAGAAAACCUUAUUGCAUCCUCUCUUGGCUACAGAACGGACCAGGACAAUCUCAGAUUAAAGGAGGCAUGUGAGCCCUUCUCCAAGUCUCCCCUUUUCACUUGGGCCAGCACUGCUUUCACCCAAGCAUAAGUGUUAUUUCAAUGAGCUGUGAAUGCUCCCAAAUUGUCAGUGUUUUGAAAUCUAGGCUGCUGAAAGCCCCUGUGUUUCAAAAGGCAUCUACACUCUCCAUCAAUGCAUCUCCCAAGGGGCCAGGCAAGAUAACCAAGGCUGCAAACCUAGCCACAUGUAAAUUCCACUUAAACCCACACUGAACAAAUUUAAUUGCUCAGCUCAGACAUAAAAAUCACCAUCACAAGAACUUUCUGACAUAAGAGCUGUUCAGCAAUGGAAAAGACUUCCAACAAGAGGUGGUGAGACUCUCCUUCCUUGGGAGAUUUUUAAGCAGAGCUAUUAAUCAAAUGCCACUAGCUUCCAGUGUCAAAGGCAGCCUCUGAACGCCAGCUGCAGCCACUAGCAGGGAGAGGACUGUUGCAUUCAGUUCCUGCUUAUGAGCUUCCCACAAGCAUCUAGUUCAGGGGUAGGCAACCUAAGGCCCAGGGGCCAGAUCCGGCCCAAUCGCCUUCUCAAUCCGGCUCACGGACGGUCCGGAAAUCACCACGUUUUUACAUGAGUAGAAUGUGUGCUUUUAUUUAAAAUGCAUCUCUGGGUUAUUUGUGGGGCAUAGGAAUUCGUUCAUUAUUUUUUUCAAAAUAUAGUCCGGCCUACCACAUGGUCUGAGGGACAGUGGACUGGCCCACAGCUGAAAUAGGUUGCUGACCCCUGAUCUAGUUGGUCACUGUGUGACUCUUAUGAUGUUCUAAAAAACAAACCAGGAAACCAGUCUCUGCAGCUGCCACUUGUCUAAAGUACUGGAAGAGGUGAAAGAGAGGUACAGGUUGUUCUCCCAGUUCUCAACUCUUCCUCCAUUUCUCAGCCAUAACAAAUAUUCCCAAUAUUAAACAUAUAAUGAAGAUGCUAAUACCCCAAGGUGAUGUUACGUUCUACACUGUAUUUUUCAGAUAUAUAAAGAUACUUUUAUGUACAGGUCACGCAACCAGGAAGAGAUAGGUCACUGCAGCCAACUGAAAUAUUAAGACUGAUAACAUCAGCCACAUCCUCAUUUGGCUGCGGUUUACAAAGGAAAAAAAAACGGCUGCGGUUUACAAAGGGGAAAAAAACCUAUUCAUUGUUCUUCAACAAUGAAAAUAAAUACUUUACUUGGUAGACAGGAGGUAUACUAUACUGUGAGUGCAAGGUAUAUCUGGGGAUUUAAAAUGUCUAACAGUGAUUAUAUUACCACAAAUGUUUCGUAGCAACAUGACCUCAAAGACUACAUCCUGCUUUCAAUGAAGAUUACCUUUCUAGACAAUUUUCCUGCUUUGCUGAAGUUUAGGGAGCCGAUGCAAUCGCCCCCAAAUUUAUUUUGACUAAUUACUUCAGAAAGAAAAAGAAGCUUGAGGAUCACAAUAUUAUAAAUGCUAAAAACUAAUUUAAAAAUUCACAGUUACUUACAUACUGUGGUUCUUGGGGGGGUGUAUUAAUGGUUGUUUGGAAUUGAAGUCAGAAGACAGAAACAAGUGAGUAAUCUUUAUGAUUCAAACUCAUACCCGGCAUGACUAUGACUUCAACACAAUCAAAACCAAAUUAGUGAGCUAUAACACAUUUUACUGUUCCCAUUUACAUUCUUCUAUUCCAAUAGAUUUCCAACAAAGUAGUUAAAUAAUAAGGGGGGUGGAGUUGCAAAAAUACAGUAGGAGAGGUAUGGCCAUAUGGAUGAAAGAGAAAAAGCAGGUGGAAAGUGGAGCUGCAGAAGAGAGAAAUUGUUUCAGAAAUGAGGUUAGGAAGGUGAAAAGGGAAGAAGAAAAGUUUGGAUUUGAUAUCCCACUUUAUCACUACCCGAAAGAGUCUCAAAGAAGCUAACAUUCUCCUUUCCCUUCCUCCCCCACAACAAACACUCUGUGAAGUGAGUGGGGCUGAGAGACUUCAGAGAAGUGUGACUAGCCCAAGGUCACCCAGCAGCUGCAGGUGGAGGAGCGGAGACGCGAACCCGGUUCACCAGAUUACGAGUCUACUGCUCUUAACCACUACACCACACUGGCUCUCCGGGAGCUUUGUAGUUGCACAGAGUGUGUUGAGGAAGGUCUAGAGCAGGCCCGAGGGCUGCAUGUGGCCCUCAAUGCCCUCUUGGGUGGCCCUCAGCUACAUUUGACGCCCCCCCAUCUCAGCGCUCGGCUUUGGGAAGGUGGUGUGAAGGCUCUCCUGACACGAUCCUACAGUCAUCCAGCCUCCUUCCGAAAACCUAGUUGUAGUGCUUUUUCAGCUUUGGAAAGGAAGAGGGACGAUUCUAGGGCCCUUCCAGAGCCUCGCACCUCCUUCCCAAAGUCUGGCACCUCAGUUAUCCGGCUUUGGUAAGGCAUUAGAAGGGCUCUCUCUCUGCUUCUCUGCAGGACACAGUAGCAUGCAGCCUGCAGGUUCUAUGCUUAAGUACUUUUGCAGCCACCCUGGUCUAGGGGGUUAUCAGGGGGGGUUGGCAAGAGAAGCAAAUAGGAGGGCUGAGCCCCAACAAUACAAUAUGAUAUUGAAAAUCAGAUGUAGCAUAUACACAACUGACUACCCAGAGGUAAUGGUGUAUCCAUUUUAUCAAAUACUUUGCUAUCAGGUAGCCUGAACCUUUAAUUGUUGAGAUGAGGGCAUUGCAAUCAGACCAGCUGCAACUACAAACACUCCCUCUUUUAAUAGCGGUCCCUCGUUUAUCCUUGGCUCUUAGGGACAACAUACUAUUCUCUCGAUAGGAUGACUCAUAGAUCCUCUGCACCCCACGCCACCUCCAAAAACUGUGGAGAACUCAGGGGAAAGUCUCACACAAUGUGCUGAGCUUAAAAACAAGCAAAAGUUUCCGCCUGCUCCAAAGCUUCAGUGGAACACAAGAAUCCUCUGCCACUUGCAGAGGACUUGGGGUGCAGGGACUCCCCUGAAGCAUUAGGAAGGAGCAGCGUGAGUCUCUUGCACUGCUUCCAUCUGCUUGAGGCUCACAGAAGAUUUGAGGAAAUGUGUGUGUAAGUGAUGCCGCAUCACGCCAAAGAGUCUGAGUUGAGGAGCAAGCCCAAACAGACAAGAUGCAAUUCUCAGGUGGAUUUAACAAUCAGUCUCUCUUCUUCACUGGGAACUUUGGAAAUUGUAGUUCUGUGGGGGGAAUACACGGUGUCCUAACAACUUUCAAUACCUUUCACAAACUACUGUUCCCAAGAUUCUUUAGGGAAAGCCAUGACUGUUCAAGAUGGUAUAAUACAGUUUUAAAUGUACAGUGCAGAAGAGACAAUAGAUACAAAGACUGCACACUUAUAUACAGGUUCAAUGGAAAAGAUGAACAGAAUAUCAAAGUGGCAGCCAAGCAUUUGGAAAAGUUUUAUCGCCGUUUUCUGCAACCACACUUUUUCUUCUGCAUUCUCCUCCACAUCAUCAGAAAUCUGAUUCAUAUAUAGACUGUAGGAAGGAAGGACAGAAACAUAGCAACACGCAGGCAAAGUUGUUGGCGCUUUCCCCCACCAUCGAAAACUGUUUCAGCAAUGACAGCUUGAAGGUGGGGAAAGAACGGGUUGUGCAAAGGUUAAACUGUGCUACUGUUCACCAAUGCUUUCACAAACACAAGGAGGGGGGGGGGGGAACUGCCAUUCUGGAUCCAAGACUUACCUGUUCUGAAAUGAUUUCCCAGCAACGUUGUCUCUAUAAGAGUCAAACAAAACAUGAUACUGGUCCCGACUCCACUCUAGAACAACCUACAAAAGAAGGAGUAUCUUAUAUCAUACCCUAAAAUGGUGAUGCAUUAGGCUGACAUUUAAAAUCAGUGGCACUGAUCUUCAGGUGGUGGUACAGGGCAAUCCCAGGCUGUCAUUAUUUUACAGCAGUGAAUCGAUCAUAUACCAGAACUUUAGGUUUGCACAUUUAAAGAAGAUUAAAGCAUCCUUCCACCUCACUGCUGUUUGGAAAGUGACAAGAAAAUGCAUUUUAAAGUGUGAGAAGAAAGAACUGCUAACGGGAUGCAAACAAAUCAGAAUGAAUGUGCAAUAAACAGGUCAUCUGGAGAGACCAAUGUAGAAAGAAGAGCAGGACCACUUACACUUUAGCAAGAAAUAAGUCAAUAUUUGAGUUCCCUCCUACUGAAAAGAUUUCUUCCAAGGCUACAAUCCUAACCCCACUCACUGGGAGUAAGCCCCACUGAAUUCAACAGGACUUCCAUCUCAGUAGACAUGUUUAGGAUUACACUGUAAGAAGAGCAAAGCUUAAUCUGGUUUUUCCUGAAAUUCUCCAUUUUACUCACAUAGACAUGCAAACCUCAAGAGCCGUUCCAGACCAUCCAAGCUAUGUUGAAAUUGUUUUUAGAUGACUAAAUUCUUUUUUUACAUCCAGAAAUUUACAAAAUCUGCACAACUUGUCAGACUCAAGGACUCAAUGUUCACAUCUUAUCUCACUUUCCCUCCCCUCCCCUCCCCUCCCCUGUCAGCAAGAUAAAUCAGAUGCCUCAAUCCCACAAACUAUUUAAACAUGAAGACUUUAUGUUGAGAACUAGGAAACAAAAGUUUGUUGCUGUGUUCUUAGCUUGUUUAAGCUAAGAACAUAUGUUAUUAAGCACAUUGUUCCCCACUGAGGCCCAACACUGGAAAUAGACAAUGAGAUAAAACUGACAAAGAACAGAGCAGGGACACAUCAGAUCACAAGAUCUGCAUGAACACAGGCAUCAGAAACUGUCAAGAUAUGGAGUAGUUCCUCUGCAAGUGUCACACGUAUAUUUUGGUGGAGUGGCUAGCACUAUCUCGGGCCUAUCUAUUAACCACAGUCUCUGCUGACAGCAAGUUUUAGUUGCCACCACUCACCAAGAAAAGGGACAAGUACACACACAUAUUUAAUGCUGGAUUGUUUUUAACACUCGAUUGGAAGCCGCCCAGAGUGGCUGGGGAAACUCAGCCAGAUGGGCAGGGUAUAAAUAAUAAAUUAUUAUUAUUAUUAUACAUUUUGCUUGUUCUUCCUCCAGCUGCAGUCACCCUUCAUGAUUCUCCUUGGCAUUCUCCACCUCUUUGCUCCACUCCCAACCGCCCACACUGCAAAGCUGCCUGGGUAACAUCAUAAAGUACUGGGAAUGAUCCCUACUAGUGCCUUGGCCAACCUGGUGCCCUCCAGAUGUUUCGAACUACAAUUCCCAUCUGCUCCAGUCAGCACAACUAUGCCUGCUGGGAGGGGUGAUGGAAGUUGUAGCCCAAAACUUCUGGAGGAAUAGAAUAUGGCGGAAGAAGAACGCUGGGAGACUAUAGGAAACUGUGCAGUAGGUAAUGUGGGCUAUGAAUAAAGAAAGGAAGUAUAACAAAUGCAAGGAGAAAUCCAGAGAAAGGCAGGAGGAAUGUAGGGGGGGUGGGCGCAAUAUAAAUGAGAAAAAAUGGCAAUUAAAGGGUGGCAAGGGAAACGAUGUGCGUAUAGAACAACGGGUGGGAGCUUGAGGAAGAUGAGAAGGGCGCAGCACGUGCUGUAAAUAAAGUUUCUGCUAAAAUCUACGAGUCUUUAGGAGUAACAUACCUACCAGGCCGAAAUCCAACAGGCUGCGAUCUUCCCGACACAGGAGAUGCAAUGAAGGAGAAAAUAAUUGUGCCUGUAACGCAGCUGCUUAAAUGCAGGGGAAAGGAAAGAUGGCGGGGGCGGGGGGACUGGAGCCGAGACGGGAAGAGGAAAACCGGGACUGUCUGUCACAUGCAAGGUGGGAAGGAGGGAGGGAACCCUUAGCAGGAUUUUAAGGGAAGUGCGGUCGGGAGAAGGAUCCUGGAAGUGCGGCUGAGGGAGGGGAUACUUGGGAGGGCUGCAAACAAAACAACCCCCCGGCUCCCGGCUGGCGGCUGCUCCGGAGCGGGCCCCGCAGGUCUCCACUCACCUCUCCGAACUGCAGGGCAGAGACGAUCAUGAGGACGAUGCCUCCGAGGCAAAGGCAAGGCCCAUACCUGUGGGAGAGGCAGGUAUAGGUCUGUCUCUGCAGGAGCUUCAGCAGCAUGACCCGACGGCCACCAUCACCCUACAAGCCCGCCGCCGGUGCCCGCCUUCCUCUCUUGCGGCCGGCGGCCAAUCCGAGCAGCAGCCGUCGCCCAACCCCGCUGCCGGGUGCAUCCCAAAGGCCGCCGCUUCCGGGAUCGGGCUCGACGGCGCCAUCUACGGAGCCACGGCGCCACCUUCGGGCCUGCAUCUGCUGCAGCCUCUUGCUGCGCGUUGCUUCAAGCAGCA